GCGAAAGGGAAGGUGGGGGCCGAGAAGUGAGUGUGGGAAGGAAAGGAGGGGGCAAGCUUGGCUGCGUUUUAAAAAAACAACCAGCGCCGUCCGCCGGCCGGCCAAUCCGAGCGCCGGAAACGGGGGCACGUGACCCUGUCGGCUCCGAGCGUGAGGUGGGUGUUUUGCCAGAGGAGCCGCCGCCGCUGAGGGGGACGAAGGUAGAGCCGCCACCGCCGCUGCGUUUGCCGAGGGAGGGAGAAACCCCUCGCGAAGGCUCCUGUGGUCGCGGAGGCUGUUCCACCCGCGCGCGCGGAAAGGGCCUCGGCGGAUGCGCAGGCCGCUGGCGCACUCGCUGCUGGCGGCGGCGGCGGCGAAAGAAGACUGCGAGGAGGAGGCUUCUCUCGGGUCCGUCCCUGGCUGAAGCGGCGGCGCGGGAGGGGGCCGCUCGCUCGGGAAGGGCCUCUCUCUCGCGCGCGCACCUGCCCGGCCCUCCAUCAUCCCGAGCGUGUGGCGCCUUUGCUCUCCCUCCUCAGCCCCGCCGGCACCCAAGAACCGGCUCCCUCUUCUCUUCUUCCCCCCUGCAGCCUCGCCGGGUGCGUAUUUGCCUCGGCUCAGGCAGCCCCGCCAGCCCUCCCCUCUUCCCCUUCCUUUCCGAGCCUGCCACCACCAAAGCCCUGAGCCAGAGGAUCAGCAAAGGCCCUCUUACCCCUCAGCAACCGACGAAGAGCCUUUCUAUGACUUUCCAUUACUAAUCACGGUUUAUCUACCCCACCCCCUAGCCCAGAUAUCUUGAUAGGCAUCGCCUUUCCUCCAAAAGGAUAGCGUUUGUUUAUACCUUUUGCCAUCCCUCCCCCCAGCACACACGCACACCAAAAAAGAGCGCGGGCACUCACCUUGUUCCCUUUAAACGCUUGGCAGAGUCCCUACUUACCUGUGAGGCAUUAAUUGCUCUCUCGUUCUUACCACGCACACCCAGGCACCCGUUUCUGUAAAAGCGGGGCAGCUGCGAGGUUUAUUUUCCUCUGCAGCUUGACACUAGUCCUUUUAGCCCUCUUCUGCCAGCUAUUCCUGUUUAUGCUGCAGGUGUUUUUAGUCUACACGCACAUAAGCUUCCCACACUACUCAGACGGGACUGUUUCCUGUUACGAUAGCUCUCGCUUUCACAAGGAACCUGUGCAUUUCCUUUCCUGGGCCUCUGGAGCAAACGUUGGCCCCAUUUUGUUCCUUUUCUGUUGGACCUUUUUCUAUUCUGCAGGUGUUAGUUCCAAUCAGUCCUUCUUCAACCAUUAUACUAACACUCCAUUGUUUACCCCUACUGGGUAAAAACGUAACGGGCAAGGGAGCAUUCCACAUUUUCCAGACCAGCAAAAUAUUUCCGUGCCCUGCCAAAUCUUCACAGAAAUUGACCCAAGCCCAUUUAAAGUAGUGCCCUUUUUGUCUUGCUCGCUCUCCUCCAACCCUAAGUAAAGGUUCUAUUUCUUGUACCAAAAAGGCAGGGGUCCUCCCUGCAUCCUCCUCCAGGUGAUCCCAUUCAUCAUUCAUGGUCUCAUUGCACCAUUGCUGGGAGGAAAGGGUCUGGAGACCUUGGGAGCCUUUUCUUGCCAGGUGAAGGAAGGUGAAAAAGAGACAGGAGGUGACCCCUCAGUAAUGACUCCAUGAGAAGGGAAGAAGGAGAGCUCUCCCUGACAGAAACCUAUCACGCUUGCCUGGCAAUGGAGUGUGUACAAGUCUCCCCCAUGCAGCAGCAGCAAGGGAAAGCUGCUGAGGGGGACCACCUCAUGCUGCUGCUGCCACCUCCUGCUGUGCAGAAGGAAGAGGAGGGCCUGCUAAGGGCUUCUGAUCCUUGGGCUGUCUCUCGAGUGGACGGCAGUCAAGGUGGGACAAAACUUCAAGAGGCUUUGGACUUUUCAUCACAUCUUCAGAAUACAGAAAACCUCACGCACAGCCCUCCCACGCUAGGGAGCCAUCCUGGCAGAGAGAUGGUGGGCAAUUCUACUGCAUGUCCUUCAAAGGAGGAUUUGAAAGAUACUGAGCGUUGUGAUCUGGCAGAGGAGCAGUUGCAGCCAUCAGGGAAAGAGACUUUGAGCCAUCCGCUACAGGAAGAGUCGCUGGCAAAUAAGGUGGCCUGUAAUAAUCCUCCUUUGGCCACAGCUGCCGGAGAAUGCCUUACGGUUGCUGAAAAAUGUUCUCAACAGAACAACUGUUUGCAGGAAAAACUGGACUCCUCUUCACAGAACUGUUGUUUAGGCUUGGAAGCAACAAGUAGAGAGAGUCCAGAAGAUGACCAAACAAGCCAUGGUUCUCUGCCUGCUGAUGAUGGGAAACUGAAGCCUGGUGCAAAACAUGUCACAUUUCCCUCCGAUGAAGACAUUGUGUCUGGGGCUGUGGAACCCAAAGAUCCUUGGCGUCAUGGUAAGCAAGUUCCAACUUCUCUAAAGACCUUUUUCUCUUCUUGCAGCUGGACUGGACUUGUCCAAGCCAGUCCCUUUAUUCACAGGAUUGGCAAUUGGUUUAUAGUAUGAGAACUGAAUAUUUCCUUUUAUCUUUGUUAGUCACUUAUCUACCAAAAGCUCUCAACACGUCUUACGAUCAAGGGUUACAAACACAAAGCUAUGCAAUCCAAUUAAAAGUAAGUGCAUGCUAUAAAAGCAGAAAGCUGAUACAACAAGAUGAACUAGGAAAUAACAAAGCAAUAGGCACUGACCUGCUCUUGAAAACAGGAACAUAAUUCAGUUGUCAGACUAAGUUCUAGAACAGCCACCCCCAACCUGGUGCCCUCAAGAUAUUUUGGAUUACAAUUCCCAUCAGCCCCAGAUGGUGCAGGCAUGCUUCUAACGUUCCCAUUUUAUGGCUGCAGAACUGAACUGUUUCCGAGGUCACUCACUGAAUUGGUGACUAAGCACAGAAUUGAAUCUGGGGCUUCUGGUUCAUGUCUGAUAUUCUAAGCACAGAGUAGCCCUGCAUAAAUGACUUUUAUUGGGUUGGUUCAUACAGAAUGCCAAACUAAUUUGCACUCGCCCCCUUCUUUGAGUAGACUGUGUGUAGAAAUACAGAACCUUCUGCUUUUGGUUAACCACCGCUUGCCAUGUUGUCUAAAUCUGGACAAACGGGUUCAUCCAAACUGUGGAUAAUGGAAACAAGCAAACUUCCAGGGAUAAAGCUGUCUUGUCACUAACGGUGGUUAAGAUGAACCAUGGUUUAGGGCCUGGGCAAUAUAGUUAAAAGUGUGGUUGAUCUAAAGCAGAAGUUUACCAUCUUCUUUCUGUCUGCUAGAGGAGGCUAGGAUAGGAAAGAAGCAUGUGACCCUGGGUGGGAGAAAUUAGGCUUAUUCUUGUAGUGCUAAACUAUGGUUUAGUAUUGCAUCCAAACACUGCCAUAGUGUAUGCAUUGUGGAGUUUUGAUGGCUCCAUUGUUUAAUUUUAAAAUACAGUAUCUAGCUUCAGAUAAUUUUUUUUAAAAAGCUAAAUGGUGAAGUAUUAUUAUUGAUAAUUCAUAUCACUAGUUAGUGCUAUUGAGAAUGCAUUAUCAUUGAGCAUUUUUCAAUAAUGAAAAAUACUAUAGUAGUAUACACAGGACUGAAAAGUUUAUGAAUGCCUGGUUGAUAACAAUGUUACAUUGGUGGUAAGAAUUUUUCAUUCCUGAACAUGUCCUGUUACAUGUGUAUUUUUUCCUCUUUCAAGUUACACAUUCCUUGGAAUCUAAAAGCCUGAUCCUAAGAUUUCUUAUGGAUAGCACAAGGGUACAUUUGGAUGGUGUAUACCACAAGUGUUCUGUGGCAGAGCAUGAUGUUAGAAUUGUGUUGCAGGUAUGCAUGCUGUGCAAGUGCGUUGAGAACAUUUUUUUUUUGCACGUUUUGUAUGCCAUUUUAAGAUGUCUUUUUCAAAGGAUCUGUCUAACCUUGGAUUAUUACGUUUGCAUUGGGAGCUCUUGAUCUCCCUCCAAAGCACUUUCCUUCUUGUUGCCCCCCCCCAGUUGUAAGAGCAUCUGAGUUGCUCUAGUUUUUCCGAGGUUGUAUUUGGAGUUUUAAAAUUUACGUAUGCUAUUUUUGACAAUACCUGUGCUGAUCUUCCAGAACUGAGAAAUAGGGUCAGAGUCAACUUAAUAGCUGUGCAAGCAAGAGUCAAUGCAGCAAGUCCCACUAGCACCAAGGGGCUUGCCUACCCCUGCAGCCCCAUAGUCUCUGAGGGGUUGUUGGGGGAAUCCCCAUAACAACACAUGGGGGUAGGGGAGGAGAGAGAAGAGUGUUUCAUCCGGCAAAGAGAAAUGCUUGCACUGACAGAACUAUCCUAAUAGCGUGAUGUUUAAUUCCACCCGUUGAAUUGAACAUUGAACAGGAAUGUAAAGUUGUCCCAACUUUUCCUUUGCUUUCCCUGAAGCCUUUGUUUUGAGAUAAGUGGAUGUUUAGAGAUAAAUGGAGGUUAAGAAAGUAAACUUGAAUGCAUUUACACUUGUUGAGCUCAAAGGAAAAUAUGUGUAAAUACUUUUGUUAGGAACGCCAGGUGGAUGUACAGAUGUUAGGAGGAGAAUGACCCUGUAGUCAUUUUUCUGUCCCCAAGUGCGUGGUUUGCCUUACCUAUCAUAGAUUCAUAGAACUACAGAGUUGGAAGGGACCUUGAGGGUCAAACAGUCCAACCCCCCUGCAAUGCAGGAAUCUCAGCUAGGUCCUACAUAACAGAUAGACAUCUAAACUCUGCUUAAGAACCUUCAAGGAAGGAGAAUUAAUCACCAUUCAAAAUUUGCCAGGUUUCAGGUGCACUUUGCACCUGGCUAUUGGCCACUUUCAACUAAGUGAAAAUGCCAGGGCGCCAGGUUGGCGCCUGAGGUCUCCACCAUGUGGAGGUGCAUGCCUAGGUAUCCUUUGUGUCUCGACUGUUUUCACACACUAAUACCCUAUCCUGUGGAAUUCUAUCUGAUAUAUUUUAUCUGUGUUAUCAGAAUGAAUUUCAGGAACCAAAAAGUUGUAUUGGAAAAUAGGACGUUUGGACCGUCUGGCCCCAAAAUGAGAACUAGGCAUUCCAUUUUGGUGACUGUAACUCUGCUUUUAGGAGCUGUUUGGUGCCUAGCUUAUAUAUCUGAGUUUCUACACUUCUCGUGGGAGUCUGUUCUACUGUUGAACAGCUCUUAUUGUCAGAAAGUACUUCCUGACGUUUAGCCAGAAUCUACUUUCUUGUAACUUAAAUCCAUUGGUUUGGCUUCUAGUAUCUGAAGCAGGAGAAAACAAGCUUGCGCCAUCCUCCAUGUGACAACCCUUGAUAUAUAUGAAGAUGGCUAUCAUAUCUCCUCUGUCUCCUCUUUGCCACAACUUCACUUGAUCCGGACACUAGAUGCAGCCUAGAAUAGCAUUAGCUUUUUUUUGCUGCUGCAUCACACUGUUGACUCAUGUUCAGCUCGUGGUCUACUAAGACCCCUAGAGAGCAGUUUUGAUGAGGUUACACCAGAUGUGUAUUUUUAUAAAUUAAUUUGUGGUAAGUUAGAGGUAACGGGAGAAAGUGUAUGUGACAGAACAGUUGUGGUCUCAUAAAUUAUAUUACUUUCAAUGAGCCCCUUAACAUUUGGCCAGUAGGACAAGACUUGAAAUGAUAGUUUUUAGGCAGUUUCCAUAGUAAACACAUUGCAUACUGGAGAAUGAAUACACAUUUGAUUGCUUUAUGCAUAAAGCCAAACUACAGCUGCAUCAUUAUUUUACAUUCUCACUGCUCCCUUCAUGUUCUCACUCCUCAGUUGCUUAUUUCCUCUUUCACACAAACCAGUAAUGGUUGGAAUUAGGUUUGCAGCCUUGGUUUAGGGUGAAAAAAAAAAUCUAUAAUUUACUGAUUUAUGUAACUGCAACGGUAACUGUUUUUUACCAGUACAUAUUUUAUGUAGAAAAUAAAAUAUACAUAGCAUAAUCAGAAGAGAGUACAUAAAAGCAAUACUUAACUAACUGCAGAAGUUAACUAGCUGAAGCAGAGAAAAUUAAAGGAAAGUGCAGAGGACAAGAGUCCUUCUCAUGGUGCCAAACCAUAGUUUGGUGUUACAACUGAAGUAAGCCACGGUCAUGAUUUUACAUUAUUGUCAAAUGUGGUUUUAUUUUUAUUUUUUAGUAGGGGGAGGUGGGAGGCUGCAGACCAUAAUUGUAUCAACAAUGUUGUAUUCUAUUAGAGUUGUCUGUAUCUGUAAGACCAGAUACAGGCUUUUGGCUGAUUGAUAUCAAAUGCCCUUUUAAAAUGUGUUGGGGAGGGGGGAUUAUUGGGUUGUUCUUGUUCUUGUUAUGUGUUUUUAUAUUGUGAUUUUAUCUUGUGAACUGGCCUGAGAUCUGCGGGUAUAGGGCGCUAUACAAAUGUAAUUAACGUAAUAAGAAUAAUAAAUGUUUCAGUUGUGCAUUGGGUUGAGGAUGGUGAGUUUGUGGAGUGUUAAAAAACAACCCACUUACGGUAUUUAGGCAGAAAACACAAUAGACAGAAAUGGCAAGAUCUGCUUGAUUCCCUCCCCCCCCAAUUGUUUCUGACUCUUUAGAGUGGCCACCAAUUAGUUUUUGAACACACCUUUACAAGCAUGUGGUUUAAAAACUAUAACGAAGAGUGACACCUAUCCAUAAGGAAAUGCCGCUUGUGUUGGUGGGACUUCAUUGAGGCAAUAGUUCCCUGUUCUGCUAGUAGACAUGCCUGGUGGCUACAGAUACAGUCACAACACAAUUACAUCCUCUAUCACUCAGUGGAGUCAACCAGUUUUCUGUGCCUACAUAUAAGGAACCUUGGGCUAGGCAAUUUUCUGGUUUCAUUGAAGUCAGUAGAUCAAGUUUCCCUUGCAGCUCUUUUUGCUUUAUUGCUUGUUUAUUGGAUUUCUUGCCCGCCCUUCACCAUAAGGUCUCAUGAGGUAUGCAGAAGUUGCAGUGUGUAUACAGAGAUCCUACAGUAGCCAUGGCCUUCCCAGUUGGUACAGCAGUUUGCUGCGCUUAUUCCUCUGCGCUUAUUCGUGAUCUGAGCCACUUCCUCUAGAAGUGGAGCAGGAGAAUACUGUGAGAAUACUGUGUGUGUAUCAAGAAGCCCCCAGAGCUCUUAGUCAGUGAUUAUGAGAGAGAGAUUGUGUGUGUGUGUGUGUGUGUGUGUGUGUGUGUGUGUUGCACAAUGCCCAUAUGUUGUGGGUCAUGGUGCUUUGUUGCAGAUGGCUGUGUGGCUUAAUUGAAGUGGUUGUCAUAUAAAAGCAGUGAUUGAUUCAAACAGGGACAGUUGGAGCUGUUAAUUUCGCUUUCAAUAUCAAAUGCCCCUUUAAAUCGGAUUAUGGCAGCAGUGCAUGCGCGUAACACUUGUGUUCAGCCUUUGCUCAGGUUAAUGGCAUUUCAGAGCCCCUUGCUAUAAAUUCCUGUUCAGUUCAGGAAUCUGGGGCUUGUUCUCUGACGGAUUCUGCACUGCCUUCUUGAAAACCAAUGUCUUUUAUUCGCAUGUGCCAACAGUUCUGUUGGUAGUCAAACAUUGUGUGCAUAAUCUGUUUUUGUGGAAAACAUUCUCCCUCUCUUAAUUGUAUACCCGCUCCAGUUUCAGUCUGUUUUCACUGAUGCUAGUUUUAACCUCUUAUAUGGUUUUGCAGUGUUUAUAUUUGGGCUGAAAGUAAAAAAUGCAGGACUGAAAGAGGAAAAAAGAACCUCAAACGUGCACAUAAGAUAAAUUUGCCAGUACAUUUGGUGUAAUAAUUCUUCAUGGGCAACUAUAAAAACUAGAAGCAUAGAAUCAUAGAAUUGUAGAGUUGGAAGGGACACCAAGGGUCAUCUAGUCCAACCUGCUGCAUUGAUCUGAAGUCCUCAAUUCAAGUUUUGCCUCUGUCUCAAAUUGGUGAAGUGUCCCUCAACAUCAGCACCCCUCAACUACCAUAUGAAGAUACUGUCUUGCCUUACAGGAUUGCUGUAAGUAUAUCUUGGGUAUUGUUCUGAAGUGCUUUGAACCCUGUGAUGUACCAUAUGCAUGCAUUUGUCUUUUAUGACAUGGAGAAACAUAGCAGGAUCUAAGUCUUUGCUGCUUCUUCCUCUGACACACAGCAGUGGGAGAAGGGAGCAAAAGAAGUGGGUGGUGGUUCUAGGCUAUAAGUGGGUGGCCAUCCCUGCCAAACCUAACCUGCAAAAGCUGAGCUGAGACACCGAGUCACAUGCAUGCAAGGUGAUUUGUGAAAAGGCAGCCUUCCUUUCAUUAUGCAUUCUCACUGCUUCCUAUUAUAAGACAAACCUUCAGCUCACACUCCCACACCCUUCAGUUGCUUUCAACAAGAGAGGGGAGGUAUCCUCUUGGCACAUUAUGCAAAUGAUAUGUGACAAGAAGAAAGCAAUAUGCUUUUCAUGUGUUCGUCUCCACUCAGGGCGUAUCCAGAAAUCCAUCAGUUGGUUUCACAUUGCCACACAGGUCAUACAUCCUACCCAUGCAACCUGUGCCAUGGGUUCUUCAUCAACAGCAUGCUAGCUAGGCACAAAGCUUCCCCCGCAGUGUGCCCCUCUCAUGGUGUCAUUUGGGAAUGAGACUACUAGGCGACUGCCGCUGAAGCAGGGUGGGUGGGUUGUAUCCUGUCCAAACAAUAGCUGAUAACGUAUUUUCUUUGAAAAGUAUCAUUCUCGGGUUUCUUGGUGUUGCUGUGGCUGAUUUCUUUAUCCAGACAUCUCCAUAAACGCUGUACUUUCCUUCUGUUCCUUCUGAUUGCGCCUGUGGUAUGCGUUGCCUACGCUGUUUUGGGUCCUGUUUUCCUUGACACCUGUCAGGUCCUGUUAUCCAGAUAAUCAUUGCCCAUCCGUAAGGGCACAGCUGCUUGUCUGAGCCAAGGAAAUGUCUGGGGUUUUUUUUUUGCACCACAUUUAACUAGAAAGGAUGUUAAAGCUGAAAGCCAGCUUACUGCAUGAGCUUUAAGAGAGCUCAGAAUUUUUCUUAAUAUUGUACUCUCCCCGAUGUCAGCUGCUGGAUUAAUGCUGAACUUUGCUACUGCUAGUAUGUAAUGCUUACACAGCACCCACAUUGCCCUCAGAUAGUCUUCUCUAGCACUGUGGACAUUAGUUGGCUGAACACAGGACUGCAGGGUUUGAGACUCACCAUCCCAUAAUCAACUAGCUAAGGAAGCAUUAUGGUCUUCUAGGUACAUGACAGCCCCCACCUGACAACCAGGAAGCUUUAUGAGCCCCUUGUGGGCUACUGUACAUCUGUGCUUGGCUAGGUGGGUCAGAGGCUGUGCAGGCCGGGUCUGGUCACAGGCACUGUCCACCAGCAGCGCUUGUUGCACAACAGCAGUUGAGCCCAGGCCCAAAUCGGGGCCUUUUCGCAGCUGCGAUCAGAGCAGGAAGUGAAUGCCAUUUGUUGGUGCAACAGUGUUUGUGUACCCAGGGCCUUCAGAUUUAUCAGAUGCACUGUCCUCUUUUUAAUUCCAGCCUGCAAUGUAGAAUUUGCUUUUUCUUGACUGUAAGGUAAAGACUGUAGAUGUUAGCAUUUCUUGUCCUCUUUCUGGGUGACCAACUGCAAAGGAAGACGGGGCUCCUCUGUCUUAUCAGAACAUAAGAAGUGCUCUGCCAAAUUCAAUGAAGUGCCCAUCUUGUCCAGCAUUUUGUUUCCCAGAGUGGCCACUCCAGUCAUACGCUUCAGGAAAUCCCAUAGCCCAUGAAGGCAGCAGACCACUCCAGGGGCUGUGAUUUCUGUCUCUGAACCUAGAGGCUGCAUUUAGCUAUUGUGGCGAAUAGCCACAGAAACACUUCCAUACAUUUGCCUAAUCUCUUUUUAAAGCCCUCUAAACACACAGCUACUGCACUGUCCAGUGGCAGCAAAUUCCAUUAAUCAUGCAAAAAGAGAGAAUAUCACUCUAAUAGUUUCUCCCAGCAUGGCAAGCUGCACCUACCAAAAUUCUGUCUUCUACCAGCAAUUCAAGGGUGCAUAAGGCUUGUCCUUCUUUGCAUCUGAUUGCCUCUGUGUCUCCCAAAAAACAUACCCCAACACAAACGAAGAAGCAAGCUAUAGCAAAACAGAAUGAUGGUGCCAGCUGGCGUGAAGUGUCUUGGGUCAGGGCAAGACCCAUUUGUGCAUCCUUAUCAUCCCACUUAAAAUUACCGGUAAUUUUCUCCACCUGUAGCUAAAGAUGUAAAAGCCCAGGGGGGAAAUGUGGGGUGCAUUCCCUCCCCUCACCUUUGUCACAUCUAUCUGUGAGGUUUGACUGGAUUCAGGGCCCACCUUUGAUUCAAACCGGCAAACAGGCUUCUGUUAAUACUACUGCUAUUAACAUUUAUGCAGUGCUUAAUCAUAAAACAACAACAGCUCCCUACCCCAAAAAAUGAAGAGCUUUGCAUAGAUCAAAAAAAGACAGACCCUCCCUGCAAGCGCACAGUCUAAUAACGAAGUAUUUGUACCAUUUACCCAAGCCUGUUUAUUCAAGGCAGUUUAAUCCAGUUACAAAGGAUGACUUUUUGUUCCAUACCACAAAUCCAUCGUUCAGUAGCAGCAAUACAAAAGAUGGCAAUCUGGAUGUGCAAACAACAUUAUAACAACUUUGGUCUGGAAGUCAGUCUUUGCUGAUGUCGAGUGCAUGCAUGGCUUAUGUAGACAAACUUAAUUUCUUCCCCUGCUGCCCUUCCUCCACAGAACUGUCCUGUUACUACUGGUGAGGUUGCAACCCAACAGUUGGAAAAAAGCAAUGCCCUAGAUGCUUUGGACUGCAACUCUCAUCAGCCAUAGGCAGCAUGGCUGAUGGGAGUUGUAGUCCACAACAUCCAGAGGGCACUUAGGUUGGGUAAGGCUGCGCUCCACAUCAGCUCCUUGGAGCUGGUAAGGAGGCCCAGAUCUCUGACUCCUGCAAAGGAUCUCUUGGCCUUGGGCAGCCUUUUGCUCUGAGCAUGACCCUCCAGCUCCUCCUUGCCUGUCCAGCUGUCUGACCACAGCAAGAGAGUAGACUUGUCUGCCACAGUCGUCUCUGGCCAGUUGUGGAAGCUGCUAGCCAUUGAUCAGCAGCAGCCAUCCCUCACCUAUGAAAUUGUUCGAUUAUAGAGCAAAUGAAUGGGUUAUUGGUGGUUGCUUCCCAUUCACAGCUAGCUUGCAUCACUUUCGUGGCCUUUACACAUGGGAAGAGAGGACGGUGACCUUUUCUCAGUGUACUUUGGCACUUUGACUGGUCUAACUGGUUAGAAAGCAUUUAAAUUGCUUCUGGCAGGGUGACGUAAUAUAAUGGUGUUUGGGCUGCAUGGAGCCUCUGGGUGUCGUGAGCCCUACAAUCCCGACUAGCUCGGGGCUGGGGUAGCAGGUUGAUUUCAGGUGAGAAACAAGAGGAGUAGAGCGGGAGUGAUUCCAUAGGUGGGGAGCUGCCCAGGAAGGGCCUAUCUGCCCCUUUGAUUUUAGACGCUGAGAAAGGGGAGACAGUCCUGCAGGUGCCCUGCCCAUAGAGCAGAGACAUUCCCUAGCAACGGGAGGAGGAGCCAGAGGAGCUUUCCCUCCUUUGUGCUGCCUCUCCCAUGUUGGCAGUGGGCCUAUGCCCCUCUGAGAAGUGUGUGCCUCCAACCUUGUAAGGAGAGAGAGUGUGACCAUUCCGCAUUUAAAAACUCUUGGGAUGGCACGACCAGUUGUUGAGACAUCUUCAUAGCUUUCAUUCAGUCUUGGAUCCCUCUUGGGGUCCUGUUCCUGAGAUUGUGGGUCUUCAACUGAUCCAGGGUGGGUCACAAUAGCUGCACUACCACCAUGCAAAUAUAUGGCAAUAGAUUAAGUGGGCCCCCAAAUACAUGUUUGGGUUAAAGGUGGUUCCUGGGUCUGAAAAGGUUGAAGGCUACUGCCUUAGAUGAACUGUAUUUGCACCACGACUUGUACCAUUGCAAGUUUUAAGAAAAUAAUAAUAAUAAUAAUAAUAAUAAUAAUAAUAAUACUUAUACUCUCCCAUCUGACUGGGUUUCCCCAGCCACUCUGGGUGGCUUCCAACAAAAUAUUAAAAUACAAUAGUCUGGUAAACAUUAAAAGCUUCCCUAAACAAGGCUGCCUUCAGAUGUCUUCUAAACUUCAGAUAGUUGUUUAUUCCUUUGACAUCUGGUGGGAGGGCGUUCCACAGGGUGGGAGCCACUACCGAGAAGGCCCUCUGCCUGGUUCCCUGUAACCUCACUUCUUGUAGUGAGGGAACCACCAGAAGGCCCUUGGAGCUGGACCUCAGUGUCCGGGCAGAACGAUAGGGGGUGGAGACACUCCUUCAGGUAUACUGGGCCGAGGCCGUUUAGGGCUUUAAAGGUCAGCACCAACACUUUGAAUUGUGCUUGGAAAUGUACUGGGAGCCAAUGUAGGUCUUUCAAGCAUAAUUUUUUACUCACACCUAAGAGCUUCUGCUGAAAUGUUGUGGGCAAGAGCCUGGGCAGCAAGUCACGGUUGUAUGGUCAGUGGGAAUUGCAGAUCAAUUCAUUUAAAACAAAGUUUUAAAUCAAUUCAUUUAAAAUGAAGUUUCUAGUGUUUGCAGAAGUGUGGCAGAGAACAUGCUGCCCUAUUAAAACUGUUGCCUCUACUUGGCACUUCUUAGCUCAUGGACAUUCCCCACUCCCUGUUUUGGCCCCUACAUUUCCCCCCCCCCCAUCUUUGUCUCUCAUAGCCUCCCGCAGUCCUUGAAAUCACCCACCCACCCAUGCCAGUGGGUGGUGUGACCCACAUUAAAGCAUUAUAACCACCUUGUAUGUUCUGAUCCUUCGGCUGAGUACCAUAGAUUUGGGAGUAUUUUCAGAUCAUUGGAGAACUGGAGCCUACCACAGGCACUGUUGCUGGAGAAGGGAUGGGCCUGGGAGCUUGGCAAGGAGUGAUAUGGGCGAUAGGAGUGGGGUGGAGUUAGGCCAGGCCUGCGCGGCCUGUGACACAAGAAGCCAAAAGUAGCCCCAUGUGGGAACUUCCCAGGAGCUUGGCAAAGCCCUCUCCAUUAUUUGCAGCCUUAGGGAAGUGGGGUGUUUACUUGGUUGGUUGUGUCAUAAAUUGUGUAGGCUCUACCUCAGGCAAGCAUGAUUCUCUCCCUUCACCCCUCGCCCAUUUCCUCACUGUAGGAACCAAAAUUAGGCUGAAACAUUUGCUAGCAAGAAGCUGGCUCUGACUGUAAGUUAACAAGGACUGUUUUUGAAGGUUUACAUUGGGUUAUUGGGGGGAAAAAACCCUCCCCACCCUUCCCUUUCCCAGUUAUUAUCUCGGAACUGCUUUUGCUUGGUGGCUGUGUGUUGCCUGCUCUGGUGCAUAUAAUGAUGCGGUUUUGUUCACUGUGUUGGCGCAAGUUGAAGCGUUGCCUUUCCAGAGGCCUUUUGCCUUUUAAAACCUCAGCUGAGUCAUGUCUGGUCAUGACGAUUAAUGUUUUUCCUGGGAAGCCUUGUGUAAGCAAGCAGCUCCCAACUUGCUCAACUCGGAGGACCUGUGGAGUCUGUGGACUUGCAGAACAAACUUUGGAAGCUUAUGUAUAGCCCCAAUUGAACCGCCUGGUUGACAGUGUUAGAUGUUGUGACCGUCAAAGCUGGAUCAGAAUAAAGUUGCUUUAAAAAGUUAUUGUGCAUGGUUGGUUUUUUUUAGCUGUUUAUAGCUUGUUGUGUUUCAGAGGCUAGACAUGUUAGGGCUGCAAUUUUAAUUGGUUAGAUCCAGAUUUCCCAAGCUAGCAGGACCAAGUUGCCAGGGAUGAUGGGCAUUGCAGUCCAAAAACAGCUGGAGACCCAAGUUUGGGAAAUCAAUCAGGCUUUUAAGUGACAAAAAUGUGCAAAUUAAAACACAGAGAGACAUUUAAGAAACAAGUACUGUACUCAUAAGAAACUGCAGAUGGUAAGCACCAUCUUAGGAGAGACACUGACUUUUACCUCUCACACAGAAGGAAAUGUCUCUUCUAAGAUGAUGCAUAAUCAAAACACAAAUAAAGUAUGAUUUUGCUUCCCAAAACACUGGUUUUACUUGUAUGUAAAUAUAAUCAAUCAGUCAAUCCACUAAGAUUUAUUUAAUUGGGUAGCAGUCCUAAAUUAUUUGUUAUGUUAUUAUCCCACCCUUCGUCCAAGUAGCUAAGCAUGACAGAUGAACUGUCACAACCUUAUGAAAAUAGGCUGGGCUGAGAGGAAAAUGGUUUGCCUGAGCAUCAGGCACUGAAGUGCCCAAAUGGCAGCACAGCCCAACCACAGCUUGCCUCCUGGACUCAGGCCUGGGGUUUCAUUCCAGGUUUGUGCAGAAACUGAGCAUAUAUAUAUAUAUUUUAAAAACUGAAUCGGGUCACUGGCUCAUUUUGUCGAGUCAGUUUUUAUGGAAGGUAGAUCUGUCAGCGGCUUUGAACCACGAAAAGUAAAUGGCAUCUCUGUAUUGUCAGAAACAGUCUACCCUUGGUUAUGAGAUGCUAGGAGCAGAAUGGAUGGGGCUAUUGCUGUUGUGCCCUGCUGUAAGUUUUCUGAGAAGUACUCUGCUGUGGAAACAAAACACUGGGCUAGUCAGACCUUUUGGCCUGACCAACAGGCUCUCUCCCAUUUGAGUCAUCUACUCCAUGGUGGUACCCUCAAGAUGUGGUAGGACCAUUCCUGACAGUUGAUGGGAGAUGACAGUCCCAACUGUAAGGCACCAUGUUGGCUGUACCUCGUCUAUUCUGACUGACAGCUGCUCUGCUACCUAUGGGGUUCUUUUUUAAAUGGCAAUGGUGGGUAUCAGACCUGCGGUCUCUGGCAUUCAAAGUGUGUCCUCUGCCACUGAAGCCAGUUCUUACUUGGCCACUGUUCUUUGAGCUGCACAAGGUCUCUUUCUGCCAAAAUCAGCUGAGACGCGAUGCAAGGACUAUCUUUGUGCGCCUUCUGGCAAACCAUUUGAGUCCUUCUUAAUAUUAAGGAUGGAGCUGUAUGUUAUAAGAAACACUGGGUUGCCGCAGAUAAGGGCAGCUCCACACCCAAGUUUUCCCAGUUCCCCUCUAACGUGUAGGAAAGCAUAGCCAGAAUCCUGAAAUUAUGGGGUUCUGCGUUCCCCUACCAGCGUCGGCCACUGAUGUGGACGUUCAGCCUGCUGAGACCAGGGCAUGGGGUAAAUCUUGCUACAUGUUACAGAGUGGCAGAACUCUGCACAGCGAUGCUGUUUUUGGGAGGAGCCCCAUGCAUCUCAUAAUUUGACCUUCCAUGCUUAGGCUGCCUCUUGUGUGUAAAGUUUGGGCUAGAGCCUGCUCACUCAACUCCUUGCCAUCAGCACGGGGUGCUGCUUCUCCUCUCCUGGGCUAGUUGCUUCUUUUCUCCCUGCCACCCCACUCCUCAAGCUUCUGGGUCAGAACCGAGAGGUCUGUCCAAUUUCCAGCGCUUCUUUUCGCUGGCACGGUUCUGUUUGCUUGUGAGAAAGACAAAUCUUGGCAAGCUUGCCAAAGCAAGAGGCUGGGAAAGGGUUAAUGUCUGGGUCGUGACUCUUGGCUGAAGUCCCAGAUGGAAAAUGAGUUGGCUUUGUGCAGGAACAAACAAUAUUUUUGCCUGAGAGCUGGGAGCUGAAAUGUCAAAAGCCGAGCCUGUGGACUCAGGGGCUAGAAAGCUCCCUAGAUCAAGAGCCACUGCAGGAACUGGCAAUGUUUGGUUUAACUUGCAUCCUUGCUCUCUGUUGCCUGGCACUUCUUAAUAAUUAUGAUGUCAUUAGUUUUCAUGGGGAGAGCCGCCUAAUGAAGUAGCUUCCUACAGGCUCUGCUGUAGUCUGUCCUUAAUUCGUUUCUGUGCAUGCUGUUUCUGCUAAAAGCUUGCCCGCCUUAAGUUGUACUUUACAUUUCUCACACCCUGGGAGUCUAAAUCUGUGUUGAAGGAGUGAGAUAUAAAUUAUGUAAAUAAAUUAGCAUGGUAAAAAAUGGAUCGUGUUGGGCCUGCUGGUGUUACUUAUUUAUAUUUCUUUACAUUUCUCUCUUCCAUGUCUUUAUUGUGGGAUUCAAGGCAAUGUGCCUUUACGUAGAACUAAGACCAGCAUGUUCCAAAUAGCUGUCACAAGUGUGGGGAACCUUUGACCCUCCAAAUAUUGCUGAACUGCAACUCUUAAAAGAGCAGCAAUUUCACAUUUGAGUUACUUAAGGAUUCUUGGGCGAAUGCUAUCUGGACUCAUCAGUUUGUCAGUUUUUAUUUUGUCUAUAAGGUCUGGAAUGUUCUUGUCAACACUAUUUCCAUUAGUUCUUCAGGCUCUCCACAUAUGGAAGUUGUUCUACAUCAUAUAUUGCACUGUGAAGACAGAUGCAAGCAAUUCACUCAAUUUAUCUGCAAUCUCCUUAUCCUCCGUUAGCACACCUAAGGCACUAUUGCCUUGUCAUCCUACAAUCGCCUGCCCAGCUGGUCUCCUGUUAGUAAUGUAUUUAAAGAACCGUUUGCUGUUAACCUUUAUGUUUCAGCAGCGUGCUCCUCAAAUUGUUUUUAAGCAUCUCUUAAUGUCCACUUACAUAUCUUUUGCGUUCCAUUUGGUCUCGUUUGGACAAGGCUUCCAUUUUCUAAGGGAGCCUUCUUACCUUGGCUGCCUUGCAGAAUAUUUUCUGGAGCAGAAAAGGCUAAGGAGUAAACCCUACACAGAUCCAGAGCGAAGCCCCUAAGAUGGUUGGAUGGUGCCUUGUACGCCUCCUUCCAGAAACUCCUGCAGCCCAGAUGGCCCCAAAUGUAUUGCUAUGCUUACCUUUGGACCACCUCAGUGAGGCCGAGAGGGGGUCUUGUCAUGUGGACAGCCCAGGGCCUCCAUCCACAUAACCCAGGAUUAUGCCCUGGGGAGGUCACUUCAGUGUUGCCAACACAGCAGUUUGACUUCACCUCCAGAAGCACACUCCAGUCUCUCUCUCAAGACAGUUGGAUGCCAACAGCAGCAGCUCUCAUCAUCUCUUGCCUUUGGCCAUGCUUGCUAGGGCGGUUGGCAGUUGUAGUUCCUCAAGGUCUGGAGGGCCAAAGGUUUUGUCUUCUAGAAGCACAUAUCCACUUUUCUGUUCCCAGGGAAUUCUUGCCAAACUCUGCUCUUUUCAAGUUGGGUAAUCAUGGAGGUGCUUAGUAGCAGUGUCUCUUUGUUUAGACUGGCAAGGCGCUGAGCUCAAAGAGCACCAUUUGAUCUACUCUGGCCAAUGUUUGCUAUGGGGCUUUUGGGGGAUCUUGCUGGCCAUUUCCUUCCCUUGGCUGGAGCUGCAUGGUGAUGACACACAAGCCGAACCCCUGCCUAACGUCCCAAGUUAGGACCAGCUGAGCUCAAGUCCAGAUGGUCUGUUUCUUCCAUCUAAGCAACAUACAGACGCAACUGCAGUUGAGAGUUAAGCGGACCCAACACAACGCUGGCUCUUUGAAGAAUCCGUUUUUGAACUCCUCCGUUGAAAUUGGUUUCAGCCAUCUGUUGUAGCUGCACCAAUACCCCGCUGGCAGCUGGAAGCUGCUUUCUCUUAGCAAACUGAGGCUGGCUAAUGGUAUUUGGGGUACUGGGCUGGAAGCAUAUAGAUGACAAAGGCAGGCAGCCGGGGAGAGAGCUGCUGAGUAUAUCCAGCAAGAGGGGAAGGACAUACGACAGGUUGAUGCCCUGGGACCCCCAUCGGAGAACUGCAGAGAAAGCAGCCAUGGAAGUCUGUUUGUGCCAGGAAGCCAGAGCAGCUCACAUAGCACCCCCUGACCUCUUUGCUGCUCUGGCCCCUUUGUGGAGAAUUCCACCUUGCCACCCUCACUCCCACCUGGACAUUGAUGCGGCAGCCAGCCGUUAUUUGUGUAUUCCUGUAACUAAAUGGAUCCUUCCAUCAGAUGACACUGAGGACAUCCCCCAUGCCUUACCUACCCAAGUCUGUUCAGAGUAUGAUUUGUCAUGUUUCUUUGCCCUCCUCAGAAUUGUGGUCACAGCCUCCCAGAGAAUUUCCUUUCCUCCCUCCUCCCUCCUCCUCCUCCUCCUCCUCCUCCUCCUCUCUCUCUCUCCCUGACCCUGCUUUUCAUGUGUUUCAGAUCCUAACAACCUCUUCUGGCGUUUUUCUUUUUCUGUAAACACAUUUACCAGCAGGGCCUGCCAAAAAUUACCCUGUUCAGACAUAAAAGGAAAUACUGUGAGGGUUUAAGCCCUCUGGGGAGGGAUUUUUUGGGGGGGGGGGCGGAGGCAGAAUCCUGCGUUUGCUCUGGACUUCACUGCAAGCUUUAUAUUGCUGAGCUGAUCUGGGCUAGCUGCCAAGUACAGCCAGCUACAGUAAGCGGAUCUGUCCUCUUCCGCCCCCCCCCCCCGCCUUGCAACUCUCCUGCAAAACACUACUUCAAUUGGAGGAACAAGCCUGGUCUGUCACAGGACUCCUUCUUUCGCAGAGAGAUGUCCUCAGUUGUUAGCUUUGCCCGGAGCUUAAAAAGAUCAAAAGAUGAGUUGGGCACUUGUGAUACUUUCUGGGAAUAAAUAAGUUGGAGUUGUUGUUUUUUUAAAAAAAAAUCCUGCUUGAACGUUUAUUAGUUGGCUUUCUAAAUUGGUGUCGCAUUUGUAGUGGAGAUGCUUAUACGGCUUUCCUGCAGCAUUUUUACUUUUACGUGUUUGCACUUGUAGUGAACCAAGACUACAAGUUUUAAUUUGUCAACUGAAGCUUUAUUGCAAAUUUUAAUAGGUGAGAAACCUAGUAUGAUUUUGAAGCUAUUUUGGUUCUGGUGUGUUACUGUAAAAAUGAAUGAAAAAGAAGAAAAUGAAAUUUGCCUCCCCCCGCCCAAGUCGUGAGCUUGUGGUUAUUCUUAGGGUGUGUGUCUAAAUUCCUCCAUUAAAAGCAAAACACUGUAUUGAAGUUUUGAUGUUGAGGUGUAUUUCAUUGAUCAGUUAUAAUGCAGAUUAUUUAAUCAGUGAAGGCUGCAGUUGUGUGUAUGCUUACUUGUGAGAAAGCCCCGUUGAACUGAGUGGGACUUCUAAAUGGUUGGAUUUAUUUAGCUGAUGUUUUGAAUAGGUAGAGUGGAAUGGGAGACAAAAUCCUUUCUCUUCAUUAAAGGUAAAGGUACCCCUGACCGUUAGGUCCAGUCGUGGACGACUCUGGGGUUGCGGCCCUCAUCUCCCUCUAUAGGGUGAGGGAGCCAGCGUACAGCUUCCGGGUCAUGUGGCCAGCAUGACUAAGCCACUUCUGGCGAAUCAGAGCAGUGCACAGAAACACCGUUUGCCUUCCCGCCGGAGCAGUACCUAUUUAUCUACUUGCACUUUGAUGUGCUUUCAAACUGCUAGGUGGGCAGGAGCUGGGACCGAGCAGUGGGAGCUCACUCCAUCACGGGGAUUCGAUCCGCCGACCUUCUGAUCGGCAAACCCAAGGCUCUGUGGUUUAACUCACAGCGCUACCCGCGUCCCUUUUUCUCUUCAUACCCCCCCCCUUAUUGCUGAGCUUCUUUGUCUCUGGUUCCUUAACUAUGUUACCCGUGAAUGGGUUUCCCUCCCACAUCAUCUCCGUGUGAAGCAAGGGAAGGAGUGAAAGUGAACUUCUGAGGUGCAAGAGGGAGGAACUCUGCCAAAGUCUCUUUGCUACUGUUCAUGCUUAGGGUGGGUCAAAGAGCUGAGCCAGGAGAAAAUGGGUGCUUUGGGAUUAGGACCCGCUUGGCCAGCACUUGAGCUUCCAUCCAUAUCACAGAAGUGAUAUCAGGUGAUGAAGUGGAACUUCCAGGAGUUGGUAGAGAUACCUCUUUGCUUAAACACCUUGCAGAAGUAAUUUUGUGCAGUCCAAAGUAAAUUAUCCAGCUUCUGUAAAAAAAAAGAAAAAGAAAAGGCAAGUGAGUUUAAGGGUAUGUGUGUGUGCCUAAAAAAAGUGAGAAUUCUGCCAAAGCUUUGUGUAGGCAAAGAGAAGGUUAAACACCCCUUUGCCCUGACACUGCCCAUUUAAGGCCACGUGAGUCACUAGUUGGAGACUCCGCUGCUCAACCUUCAGCCCUUGCUCAGUUUUAAUCUGUGGCCCAUGUUAAAAGUAGAGUAGCUUUACGAGGGUAUCAGGGUAUGUGCACCUGGUUAUCCAAACAUUCAGAACUAAACCUAGGAAUAGACUUUUUUUUUUAAUAAGAUAUUUAUUAGGAUUUUUUAAAAAAUAUUACAAUAAAAAAUGGAAAAAAGUACAAAAUAAAAAUGAUUAAAAACACUCAAAUUUUCCAUUGCUUAUUUUUCCUUAGCUUGUUUCCCGGACCUCCUCAUACCUCCCUUUUUUGUAUUCCAGUUCAAUUUGUUGGUUCAGCAAAUCCUUACCCUCUUUAUUUAUCCUAAUCUUUGGUCUUAAAAUAGUAACGUUAGAUUUUUACCUCUUAACAACCCAUUUUUCAUAUUCCCUUAAAGCAUUACAGCUAGAAACCACUUAAUUUCUAUCCAACAUCGUUCUAACAUUCAUUAAUUUUACAAUAUUUCUGUAGAUAAUCUUUGAACUUCUUCCAAUCUUCUUCCACCGACUCUUCUCCCUGGUCUCGGAUUCUGCCAGUCAUUUCUGCCAGUUCCAUAUAGUCCAUCAGCUUCAUCUGCCAUUCUUCCAGAGUGGGUAAAUCUUGUGUCUUCCAAUACUUUGCAAUGAGUAUUCUUGCUGCUGUUGUGGCAUACAUAAAAAAGGUUCUAUCCUUCUUUGGCACCAGUUGACCGACUAUGCCUAGGAGAAAGGCCUCUGGUUUCUUCAAGAAGGUAUAUUUAAAUAUCUUUUUCAGUUCAUUAUAUAUCAUUUCCCAGAAAGCCUUAAUCCUUGGGCACGUCCACCAAAGGUGAAAGAAUGUACCUUCAGUUUCUUUACAUUUCCAACAUUUGUUAUCGGGCAAAUGAUAAAUUUUUGCAAGCUUGACUGGGGUCAUGUACCACCUGUAUAUCAUUUUCAUAAUAUUCUCUCUUAGGGUAAACCUAGGAAUAGACUUUGCUAAUGCUGCUCCUGCUUGUUGACAACCUGCAGUUUUGGUAUAUGUGUGUAGGGUCAGUUUAUGAGAAAAUAAAAUGCGUAGAUGCACGGCAUGAAAAAAAAGGGCCCGGUGGAUUAAAAAAAUAAUGGUGCUACAUAUUCAGGGUGUGCUCGCUUACAGGGCAGCCUCAUUUUUUCCCUUUUUUACAUCCUCAGUUCUCUAGUUGUAAAACGGGUCCGGGCAGCUUAUUUCACAGGGUCGCUGUGCUACUUUGUGAGUAAAGAAGGACAUUCCGUGUGCUUUAGAUGCCAAAAGGACCUCUUUGGUAUUAAAAAUACAGAGUAAAUGCAAUCCCAGCCUCAACACUAGCUGGAAUGAUGCAGUUGCCUCCAGGGGGUUGGUUUUGAGAACCUAAAGGGCAGCAGGUUGUAAAUUAUUUAAUUUAGUAUUAUGAUUGCUAUACUUGUAGGCAACUGCAGGUUUUUUUAAAAAAGUGUCUUAAUGUUUCUGUAAAAUGAGAAUAAACCCUGAUUUGGGUGAUGGAACGUAAAUGAAACAAAUGGCUUUAGUAGCAUACUUUGUUACGACAACGUAUACAUUUGUGUGCACUGCUUUCAUUUGGGAGGCUGAGCGGUGCAUUGAGAGGGAGGGAGAGAGUUGUCACCAUUUGGAUUUCCCACUUCAGGCACCAAAAUAUCUUGAGCGAGCACUGAGUGUGAAUAAUAUUUAGUGAUUUGCUGGAACAAAGACUGCCUGUCUGUUCAUACGCAAUUUUUGAGCUUAAUUUUUAAAACCGGAAAUUUCACAAUACAUAUUUUGUACAGUGUAUUACACCCUGUGUGCGAAUUAUUGGCAAGAAAACGCCUUCUCCUUACAGUAAACAAAGGGUUGGGAAUGGGGAGACUCCCAGGAUUAAAAUUUAUCCAAAUUUAGACCAAGCGACUCUGCUUUAUACAAGAUAACCACCACCCAUAGACUUUCUUGGCUUAACAGAGCUAUAAGAACAACAUACUUCUAUAAUGUAUAAAUUGUAUCUAUGUAAAUUAUAUCCAGCAGCAUAAAAGUGUCUUUACCACAAGUGUUUACUUUGUAUCAUUUUAAUUUUGUUUUAAAUGUAUUUGCUUUUUUUGUUUUUAACUGUUUUUUAUAAUCUUAAAUGUACAUUGCCGUGUGAAGGCGAUUAAUGCAUCAGUAAUAAUAUAGAGCAGCUUUCCUCUGGCACACUGAAAGUCCAUGUGGAAUUUCUUGGGCAGGACUAUUCAUAAACAGCAAACCAUCUUUUGUGCUAAGGAAGUAUUAGGAAAACCGGCAACAACCGUGCAGAUUUAUUCCGUAAAUUGAACACACUUGCUCUUAUUUUUAGUCCAAAGUUUUAAGUUAAUUUUAAUCUACUUUAGAUUUAUGCCCCGCUUUCCUAUAAAAACAAGAGCCAAAACUACAUAGAACAGUGGAAGAGAACCGGGCUCCAAUACUGCAGUUCAAAAGAGAAGCUGCACCUGCUGCAAUUCCUUGGUCAACAUGAUUGUCACCUCCCCUUCUUUGACUCUGGCCAUCCUAUCUCAACCUCUCUGCAGUAGCUGGAAAGGUCUGCCCAGUGUGUACCCUCUCUUCCAUCAUUCUGGAAAACCCUGGCUGAUACCUACAUUCAGCUGAAUGCCAUGCAAACCCCAAACUGAUAAUGUUUUUCUGCUAAUGGGCUGCUCUGCCAGUGGUUGAAUUUCGCAGGAAAGUCUCUCUUAGCUGGAAUGCCUGCCAUUUGAGGUGCAUUUCUCCUUUAGUAGCUUGAGUUUAUUAGUAGCUUAAGGGUUUGCUGAUUAGGGGUGGGAGACAACUUCCAAGGGAAGGGCAGGUAAGGUACUGCAGCUUUCAAUAGAAGAAGAAGAAGAAGAAGAGUUUGGAUUUGAUAUCCCGCCUUUCACUCCCUUUAAGGAGUCUCAAAGCGGCUCACAUUCUCCUUUCCCUUCCUCCCCCACAACAAACACUCUGUGAGGUGAGUGGGGCUGAGAGACUUCAGAGAAGUGUGGCUGGCCCAAGGUCACCCAGCAGCUGCAUGUGGAGGAGCAGAGACGCGAACCCGGUUCACCAGAUACGAGACUACCGCUCUUAACCACUACACCACACUGGCUCUCUAUAGGGUCUGAUAGUCCACAUUUCUUGGCUCAUUGAUCCUUAUUUUCAGAAGGCAGUAAUCACUUUUAUUUAUCGUAUUUUUCGCUCUAUAAGACGCACCAGAGCACAAGACGCACCUAGUUUUUGCAGGAGGAAAACAAGAAAAAAAAAAUAUUCUGAAUCUCAUAAGCCAGAACAGCAAGAGGGAUCGCUGCGCAGUGAAAGCAGCAAUCCCUCUUGCUGUUCUGGCUUCUGUGAUAGCUGCGCAGCCUCCAUUUGCUCCAUAAGACACACAUUCCCCCUUACUUUUUAGGAGGGAAAAAGUGAGUUAUAGAGCAAAAAAAUACGGUACCCACUCUCCACUGAUAUCCUCGAAGAGCAUUGUCAUAUUCUAUAGUUUGUUCACUGCCACCAUCAGAACUCAAAGAAAUUUUAGACUAAACAAACAGGCUGGAAAGUGCAUUGCACAUUAAAUUCGCACAUGGAAUUGAAUAAUAAACUGCAACCUUAGGUUCUCACUUCGAGAAGCUGACCAGGGGCUUGCUACAGAACCCCUUUUAGGAUCUUUUUUCAAAGCCCAGAACGAAAUGUGAUGCCAAAUGAAAUACUUCUUUCUCUCCGCAUAUCUGAACGCCUGGCCUGCACAAUAAAGCAAUUAAAGUGGAAGUGUGCAGCAGCUGCCGCAGCUUGGAAAUUUCUGGUCUUCCCCGAUAAUUACGUUAGUGGUGGAAUUAUCCUUUCUCCGAACUGAGCCUGGAGUGGGGGGUGGAGAGAUCGCUCUGCUUCAGUAAUCCAGACCGGAUUACAACGUUGUAAUUGGAUCCCUGCGCAACGAACUCCGUUUUGUGAUGCAAGCCACUUGUUUUGCUGCUCUCGGAGCAUUCCAAGUUGGUCUCUGUCUGUUCUGGUGUGUAAAAAGGACGCUUUGAGGGCAGCUUUUAAGGGCUGCCAGAAUUUCUUGCCUUAAUAACAGGCCUCUUGCUAUCUGCCUCCUUUGGAGGGAUGAUUGGGGCAAUGGAGGUGGGGGGGGGAAGGGACUCCUUCCUAGGGAAGCACAAGCAAUUUAAAUUGGCAGUAAAUGGGGCUAUGGAUGUACUUUGUUCUAAAGCAAUCCCCCUGAAAUUCUGCUGCAAGGUACCCCCAAAUCCUGCCGUAACAGGGCCCAGUUUUUCAAAGCCCUUCCCCUAAUUUCUCCUGCUUUGCAAUAGCUUCUCCUAGCCAAUUGGGAGGGGCAAGGAGCUCUUUGGGAAGGGGGAGCAAAGAAAUCCAGGCCCCCUGCAAGCCCCUCUGAAUCAAAGAGGCUGGUUCUGGCCCCUGCUAUGUGGUUUGUGGAUGAAGGCUGGGAGCAAAGUUCCCUCCUUCCAAAGUUGCUGCUACUGUUCCGUUGCACCUGAUUUCUACCUUACCCUUAUCCCUUGUAAGACCCUCUGUGUCGUCCUUUCCCAGCCCUGCCUUCUUUUCCUCGCACUGUCAGACUUCCUUCUCUCCAGACUUUGCCAGAUUAAGGUUUUGCAAGGCAUUUUGCACUGGCGUAUACAAGGUGCUCUGGCAUCUGUGGAGCUUAAUUCCACAGCUCCUCUGGCUUUGGGAAUGUCUGCAAAUGUUGCUAAUGCGCUUUUGAGCGUGAAACUAAUUCUGGCACGACUGCACUGGCUACCAAUUAGUUUCCAGCGCAAUUGAACGAGCUGCUUUUGACCUAGAAAGACGUAAGUAGCUCAGGACCUCAAGGCCCACCUCUCCCCACAUGAGCUAGCCAGACCCUGUGCUCAUUACUGGAGGCCCUUCUCCCUGUCCCCACCUCUGAGGGAGGUGCAGAUGGUGGAAACUUGAGAACAGGCCUUCUCAGUGGUGGCUCCCUGCGUGUGGAAGGCUCUCCCCUAGGAGACAUGCCUGGUGCAUCGUAUUUAUUUUUAGGCACCAGGCAAAAACAUUUAUCUUCAGCUAGGUUCUACAUCCUUUAUUUGAAGGGUUUUAGGUGUACUUGUGGCCUCUUAACUUAGUCGGGUGGGUUGUGCUAAAGGUAAAGGGACCCCUGACCAUUAGGUCCAGCUGUGACUGACUUUGGGGUUGCGGUGCUCAUCUCGCUUUAUUGGCCGAGGGAGCCGGCGUACAGCUUCCGGGUCAUGUGGCCAGCAUGACUAAGCCGCUUCUGGCACGGAAACGCCGUUUACCUUCCCACCGGAGCGGUAUCUAUUUAUCUACUUGCACUUUGACGUGCUUUCGAACUGCUAGGUUGCCAGGAGCAGAGACCGGGCAACGGGAGCUCACCCCGUCGCGGGGAUUCGAACCGCCGACCUUCCGAUCGGCAAGUCCUAGGCUUUGUGGUUUAACCCACAGAGCCACCCGCAUCCCUGGGUUGUGUUAGUUCUGCCUUUUUAUAUACUAUGGUUGGUUUUUAGGGUUUGUUUUCAUUUUUAUUCUUUGUUUUAGUGUUGGUAUUUUUUAAGCCGCUUUGGGUCACUUUUCACGAAAAAAGGAACCAGAAAUGUAUCUGAUAACAAUAACAAUAUUUGCAAGAACAGGCACUAGAAGAUUGCUUUUUUAAAAACAGAGACCCAAGAUUUUCAUGAAAGAGUUGUCCGUCCCAAAACACAUAUUGCACUAGGAAGUCCCCGGUUCAAAUGUCACCUCAGCUGCUCUUUGUGACGUGUGUCAUCAUGGGUGUGCAGUCUUUUUGUUUCAAAGGACAAAAUGUGCUAGUAGCCUGCCCUGAAAUCAUGAGAGAAUCACAAAACAGUUCAUUAAUACAAUUUACAGUAAUGGAAAAGAAUUUCCAGUCGUUCUCUUUGGUCUACUAUUGCAAUAAAGUUUGCAACACUUUCAGUCUCUCUCAAAACAAUUGAGAUUACAUACCUUUUGUCAUUCCCCAGAUGGAUCCAGUAAAUUGCCCGAGUACUGCUAAAUCCUGUGCUGUUAUGUGUCACUUUUUUUGGGGGGGGGGCAGGUUUCAAGUUUUGGGCAUGCUGAAUCUUGAUGGGCCGUGAUCAAAUCAAAUAAUAAAAUUCCUGUGGAAAUUGCUAAUAAAAACAUCUUGGGGAUCCUGUGUUCAUUUUAACUCUCAGCGUGUCAUUCAUAGGAUCUAGUAUACAUUUUAUAGCUUUAAUAACAGAACCACCACCAAUGAGCAAAAUUAUCCGUUCCCCUCCAUGUUUCCAGCAUACACCUGAGCCCCUCUCAUUUGUUUUUGACAGUUAAAAUUACUUUUCACACAGAGGGAAGCAAUACAGUGGUACCUCUGGUUGCGAACGGGAUCCGUUUUGGAGGCCUGUUCACAACAUGAGCAGAACGCAGCCCGCAGCGGCACGUCUGUGCACGUGCGGGUUGCGAUUUGUCGCUUCUGCGCAUGCAUGUGACAUCAUUUUGCGCUUCUGCUCAUGCGCGAGCAGCAAAACCCAGAAGUAACCCUUUCCGGUACUUCCAGGUCACCGUGGGAUGUAACCUGAAAGAACAUAACAUGAAGCAAACGUAACAUGAGGGAUGACUGUAAUGAAUUUAUUCACCAAUGGUCAUAGGUGAGGCUUUAAAUUAACUGUCCAUUUAGCUGGAUCAUUUUCUUUAAUCUGUAAUGAAGCCUGAUAGAUUUGGGAUCAAACUCGCUUGGUGGUUUUUACUUUUAUAAAGGCAAGCUUCCCACUGGGCAUGCCCAAUCCUGUGUGCACAUGUAGGGUGAUGCUCUGGAUCCUGGCCUUUACCUCCACAUGCAAUUUGGGGGUGUAAAUGCUGGCAUCACUUUUCAGAGCUCUCGUAAGCUGUUGUUGGCAUCUGACUGUCUUGAAACAAUGGAGUGCACCUCUAAGGGAAAAGUCUAACUGCUGUGUUAGCAGCACCAAAGUGAUUUCUCUGGGCGCAGUGGUUGUGGAGGUCCUGAACUGCCCAGAAGACAAGACACACACACCCCGCCUUGGUCUCACUGAUGUGCUCCAAAGGAAAGCAGAGCAAUACAUUCAGUACCAGCUUGGCUGCAGGAGUUGCCAGAAGGAGGCAUACAAGGCACCAUCCAAUCGUCUUAGGGACUCCUAAGCCAGUGUGGUGUAGUGGUUAAGAGCGGUAGUCUCGUAAUCUGGGGAACCGGGUUCGCGUCUCCGCUCCUCCACCUGCAGCUGCUGGGUGACCUUGGGCCAGUCACACUUCUUUGAAGUCUCUCAGCCCCACUCACCUCACAGAGUGUUUGUUGUGGGGGAGGAAGGGAAAGGAGAAUGUGAGCCGCUUUGAGACUCCUUAAAGGGAGUGAAAGGCGGGAUAUCAAAUCCAAACUCCUCUUCUUCUUCUUCCACUCCAGAUUUGUGUUGGGUUUACUCCUUAGCCUUUUUCUUCUCCCAAAGAUAUUCUGCAAGGCAGCAGAGGUUGAGGACCAGAGUUUUCCUUCUCCUAGAUGGGCUCCCUUCCCAGGUGGACAAGCCCCAUCUGCCCUUCCCUCUACAGCACUUGCAGAAUCUGCCUUCUUGACUGUUGGACGCGCUCUUGGUCUUGUCUGCUCAAUCUGCUGGAUCCCGUCUUUGCAUGCAGUAGAAGUCCCUAACUCACUGAGGCUUUGAUGCCCAUUGGCUACCCUCACCUGGUUUAGCCCGCCAGUCAAAGCCAUUCCUGAGGUGUGGCCGCUGUUCCGUGCUGACACCUUCUAGGAGCCACAAGUGAGAGCUAAGUCCAGGGUGGGGACCAAAGGUGGACAAACUGCCUCAGAAAGAGCAUGAUGUGUCUCCCUCCCCUAACACCCCUUACACCUCUUUUGUAAGCAAAUGUGUGUAAAGGAGCUCUGAACACCUGAAAUGCAGAGGUGAUGCUUAAAUAUUCUAGCUUUCAGCUUUGAAAGAAUCCAGUUUCUGAGCUCAGCCAUCUGCAUUCUGCUGCUUGAAUCAGUUUGACUAUCUGGCACCUGAGGUACCCGAUUCCCUGCUCCAGUGAGCAAAGCUUUGUGGCUGCUGUCGGGAUUCUGGCAAAUCAUCUCAUUAUGCAACAUCUGCUAACACCAGCAAAAAUGCUGGCUGCUUGGACAGGGCUGGAAAAAUCCUAGAAACCAAAUGCUGGCACCUAGGUUAGAAAAAAUACCCCCAAUCUCUUUUUUCAGGUAUUGAACACUUGAAGAUAAAAGUUUGCAUAAGGGGCCAAAUCCUUAUGACUAGUCCUGCAACUGAUUUCAUUGGCACACACAAAAAACAUCACUCCAGUUCCCCUCUCUGCCGCCUCAGUUUCCCCUAUUACUCUUUUCCGCAACUUUCUAAUUCAUGAAGAGAUGGAGAAUUGGUCCCUGUGCACGUUGUGGCUCUUACAAGCAAGAAAGUGUUCUUUAUUAUUAUUUAAUAUUUAUAUAUCCCACUCUUCUGCUAAUAAGAGUGGAAUGUGACAGAGCACAAUAUUAUAAUCUGAUUGCAAGGUUUUAGCUAGCACUCGCCACUAAUGACAGGUGACCUGUGAAAUUGCAAUAUGGCUUUUGAAAAUUUACUUUAUGUGUAUUUGUUUAUCUGGUUGUUUGACUUUUAAAAAUACCCUGUCCCACCCCAAAGGCUCCUUCCAGUGUGUAGGCAGCAUAAAUCAAAUGAACUGCUAACCAUCAGUAUGAUCCUUUCUCUCUCUCUCUUUCAGCUCAGAAUGUGACUGUGGAAGAAAUUAUCACCGCCUACAAGCAAGCCUGUCAGAAGUUAAACUGUAAACAGAUACCCAAACUACUGAAGCAGAUCCAGGUAUGUGCCUUUCCUUAAGUGCACAGCAGAACCGCUUAUCAGAUUCGUCUGUCAAAGGCAGAGAUGGAUUUUUAUAAACACCGAAGAAAGCUGGCUGUCGCUGGAACUGAACAGUAAUAAAAAAAGUCCUCUCUUGAAGUUGGGUCACAUGUAUUUCAAAGGCUGCAGCCCAAGCCCAUGUAGCACAGCAAACACUAAACAAGGACGAGGUUUGUGUGUGUGUGUUUCCAUUGCUUCCAAGAUGGCUGUACUAACCUAGAGAGGGAACUGGGCCAGAGCCCAGAGAGCUAAAUUACCGUAUUUUUUGCUCUAUAAGACUCACUUUUCCCCUCCUAAAAAGUAAGGGGAAAUGUGUGUGCGUCUUAUGGAGCGAAUGCAGGCUGCACAGCUAUCCCAGAAGCCAGAACAGCAAGAGGGAUUGCUGCUUUCACUGUGCAGCGAUCCCUCUUGCUGUUCUGGCUUCUGAGAUUCAGAAUAUUUUUUUUCUUGUUUUCCUCCUCCAAAAACUAGGUGCGUCUUGUGGUCUGGUGCAUCUUAUAGAGCGAAAAAUACGGUAGUCUGCAAGGUUAUGAACAUUGGAAGGUGCUUCACACAGUAACUGAAGAUGCUGAGUUUUGGGCCCUCCCUAAAAGCAUACAGGGAUAAAUCUAUCCAUGCAGGCAACAGUGAUCUAGAGCCCAUUACUCCUGCUCCGUUUGGGUGGUUUUAGGAAGUGCUGCUCUCUCUGUUGCUGGAGACAAGGAAAAGGAACAAUAUAUUCCAAUUCAGCAUCAGAGAGCUACUCCAAAGGGCAGGGGUUCCCCAGACGGGGACAUUAUGAUGUGGGACGUUACGUCCCAUGUCACUGCACAAUGGGCAACACCCAUUGGCAGGACAAGACGAAGGCCCUCUCUUUUGCAGAACAUGAGAGCUGGGCAGGCUGAGGGAGGGAGAGGUCCCCCUUCAAGUAUUUGGGUUCCCAGGAACCUUCAGAAUGGUGCCAUUUACACACCCAGGGUGUGAAAGAGGGAGGACAAUUUUGGCCCCUUAUUUUGAUUUGAAACCCUUCCUUCUCUGAAAACAACAGCUUGGGACAGAAAAUCAUCAACUGAGCUUUCAGCUCAUGUUGAGAUGAUUGAAGAAUUACCAGUAGCAACCAAAAUGUCAAUGAUCAUGAACUAGGGCAAGAAAAUGAAUCCACCUCUACUUGUUUUGCAGGAUUUGCGAUGUAAUGCACACACUUGCAUUGUAUAUUUGGGCCGAUGAAUGAAAACCUCUUUGUUAUGAAGUGGCCAGCUAUUAUCAGUUUCUGGAAUGACAGAUUUGAUUAUGUGCAUCCCCAGUCAUUGUUUACAUUGGUGUAAUGAACUUUUCGCCCUUCUAUUAGCUGGGAAAUUUUAUUAUUAAAUCUGUUAUUAGAAGUGUGUGUGUAAAUGUGUGUACAUCUGUCUUGUUCAUUUCUUUUUUUAAAAAAAGAAAAUUGUGCUGUUGUUUUAAAAAGGCCAGUCUCCAGAUUGGACCCAGGAGCAGCCCAAACCAAUCCUGCAGAAAGGAGCCACCCCUUGUAUAUCGGGAUAUCUCCUCUGAUCAGACCUGUUCCUAACUCUGGAUCAGAUUGGGAGAUGAAAGACGUUCAUAUUACAUAGAGCUUUUGAAACACUGGGCUGUCCAUGCUUCCCUUUAGGUCUUCUUCUUCAUUAUAUCUUACCUUUAAGCCGUUCCCUUCUGUGUGUAGUAAUUUGCUGUUGCUUUAUUGCAGGAAUAUAAAGACUUGACUCCCAGGAUAGAGUGCCUGGAUCUGAAAGGUACAUAUUUCCGUUCCCAAGUCUUCUGUUGACACAGUGCAGAUCACAAUCAUCUUGCCGACUCUGGUUAUUCCUCAGUGACUAUGAUCCCUCAAACCUUCUAUCUGGGAGUCUGUGCUUGAAAAUGGUCCCCUUUGGAGAUUAGGAGGGGUUGGGGAGAAGGAAUGUUCAGUGUUGUAAAUGUGAGAUCAUUCUGCCUAGGCCACAGGUGUUACAACAUAGUGUCAUGUGCAGAUUUGAUAAACUCGGAGGUCUUGUUUUGCUGGCAAACGCAUGGAAAUCUUGCGUUCUGAAGCCAGCUCACUAUUUCAGAGGUUUGCCAGCAUGUAUCUACACCCUCCUCCAACCCUUCCCCCCCCCUCAACAGCACCCCAUUUUGUUCACAUCCCAAAUCCUUUCUCUGGUCCCAGAUUUAACAUUUGCAAUAGCCCGCAAAUGUUUGGAAACGAACCAGAUUGUGUAACCAUGUUUGGCACAUGCAAACGGAACACGGCUGACUCCACGCUAGAGGUGCACGUGGCCUUGAUUUGGGGUCACGUGGGGUCAUCCCCUCCCUCGCCUCUCCCACUCCCUCACCUGGUUUCAUAUUUCAUAACCAGCGAGUCGCUCCUUGCAAACAAACGAGUGAGCAUCCUGUUCGUACUGCGGAUACAGGUUGCUGACUUCAGGGCACGUUUACGUACAGAGUUUGCCUGUGAAAUUUCUGCUGCCGUUGAGAGGCCAGUCCUAGUGGGCAGGGCAGAGAAGAUUGUGAAGGCCCCAAGGCAUACAAGGGUGGGGACUUCAUUGGAGUGGAAAAGCAAAGCUGAGCAGAUGGUAUGUGAUUGGGCAGGAGGAGGGGAAAGAGCUGCCACUUUGGGUUUGCUGGCUUUAGCAGAAAAGAAGCCCAGGCCUGCAGUGGUUCUUCAUAUUUGGAGUACAGCGCCAACGAUGCUUCGUGGUGCAAAACAUUCAGCUUAAUGUCCUGGGCUCCUUUGGAGGAAGGAGUGGGACGUAUGUUUAAGAAAUAACUCUGCCUUUGCUGUAAUAUUUAGAGUGCCAGUUCUUAGCACUCAUGCAGCAGGUGUUUUUAGAAUGUUCCUAUUUAGACUUGCACCAUUGUUUAGGGAAUAGAUGCUGAAGUGUCAUUAGAAAGUCUGGUUUAAACCAGCCUCCCCCUCCCCCGGCCCUGGUUUAAAUCAUUUUUGUACCCCACCAAGUUGUACCUUCAUGCCUGGGUCUCUAUAGCCCAGUUGUUUUCCAGUAUUUAAUGCAGUGUUUCUCAAACUUGGGUCCCCACUUGUUGUUGGACUGCAGCUCCCAUCAUCCCUGACCAGUGGUCCUGCUAGCUAGGGAUGAUGGGAGUUGUGGUCCAAGAACAGCUGAGGACCCACAUUUGAGAAACACUGAUGUAAUGCAUCCUGUGCUUGACAGUGAACCCUUUUAAAUGCUGGAGGCUUGCAGAUUUACUUUGUCUCUUGUUUUCCAGGCGAGAAGUUAGACUACAAGGCUUGUGAGGCCCUGGAAGAGAUUUUUAAGCGCCUCCAGUUCAAAAUAGUGGAUUUGGAGCAAACGAACCUAGAUGAAGAUGUAGGUUUGCAUGUAACAAAUAAAGAACUGCCUUUCUUCUCCUCUGCCUCCCCCCCUUGUGAACAGUCAGCUGAGCUGAAUCCUGCCAUUCUUUAACAUGGAGAAACUUACAGUUCAGGGCUGAGUGUUUAUAAGUAAGGAAUGUGGCCUAGUGUUGUCUGUUCCCAUCACCAACAGCUCUCUGGCAUCUUCGGCAAAGCAUUUUCCCAGGCCUGUGGCUGGAGAUUGAACCCGGGCCCUUGUGCACACAGAGCUUUGCUACCAGAUCACGGGCCCCUCCAAAUGGUGUGGCUGCUCUUCAAAAACUGCAGCAAAUUGCUUCCUGAAAGUGGAUUCCUAACAUUGGCUAGUAUUGGCUCUGUCUAGGCUUUGGGGGCCCUGUUCAUAAGACACUUUAGUGAGGCCCCUUAAUUUGAAAGAGGCAGGGUGUGCAAAUCUAAAAUCCUGUUGAGCUGCUGCUGGUCACGUAGGGGGAGAGUGGUGGCAGGUUGAGGUGGCCUUACAAAGGUUCGUUCUCAUCACUCCCUGGACCCUGUCUAAGGCCUGAUCUGCACAUUAAAUCAUAGACUUGUAGAGUUGGAAGGUGCAAGUGGAGAAUUGGCACAGCUGAGAGAUGGAUGGGGUUAAAAGCUUCCUCCCUCAUGCUUGUUUUCUUCUUGCAUGAGGACUUAAAUGUGACCAUCCACCACAAUUCCACCUUGGGAUUCUGCCAGGUCUUCCCACUUCAUCUGUGGACAAGGUUUAUGGCCCACUUUGUUAAGAUGUACAUCCAGCAUUAAAAUAAAAAUAAAAAUGACCCCUUCAUUUAUUAGGCACUUGAAAGUGAUGGAUGACCAGCUCCAAAUUCUCCCUCUCCCCCCCUGCCCGCUCCCUGCUAAAAAGUAUAAAUCUGGGGCUGUAGUCAGCAAACUUUUACUCAGAGUAGACCCAUUGAAAUGAAUGAACCUAAGCUAGUCAUGGCAGGUAAUUCAGUGGGUCUACUCUGAGUGUCUCAUCUUAAAUUACACAGCCAUCAGCGAUGUGUUGUGGUUCCUCUUCAUGCAAAUUACGGGAGUUGCAUUUGAGUACGUUGUGCCAGUUCAGUCUGCUCAUCUCACAGGCUUGUUGAUAAGCAAGUCCCAACGCGAAAGAACAAAUAGUUUGUGGUUGGAAGCCUAGAGCAAGACAGGUCUUGUGUUGUCUCCUUGACUUAGUUUACUGGUUUUUCAGUGCUAUGACUAGCCAAUUAUUUCCCUGGGGGCAGCCUCCCAGUCUCCUUCCCCCUCCCACUAGCCCUGAGCUCCACAGUGUACAAAUUAGACGAACAAAACUUCUGGGGGUAUUUUGUGUUUAAUACAUUUCAUUGCAGAACUUCAGAACCAGAAAUGGCAUUUGAGAAGUAGCGAUGAACAAAUACAGCAGGUGCAUUCAUGAAUCGAUUAUCAAAUUGGAAGAGUUUUAAAUUUGAUUCUUUGUAGACCUUUACUGCUUGCGGAGUUUCCAUGUUCCUACUGCUCUGAAACUUGUGCAAAAGACCUGCUUGCUGUCUCCAGACAGUCUGGCCCUUCCUUCCUCUCCCAUCAGUAAUAUUCAGUAGCGGUGCCCUGAGGAUCAUCUAGUCCCACCCCUGCAACGCAGGAAUAUUCAGCUGUCCCAUACGGGGAUCGAACCUGCAACCUUGGCAUUAUCAGCACCACACUCUAACCAGCUGAGCGAUGUGCUGUACUGUGUUAGGCUGCAGGAGUGGGUCAGUGAGGCCUUGUCGCAAGGUGUGCUGCUAUUCUGGAAGUCACCUCCAUUUGCACACAGUGAGGCUUUCUUCCAAGUAGGCACAUGCAGAUUUGGGCUGUGAGCAAGCUGAUACUUGGUUUGGAUCUACCGCCUUGAAAAAGCGCACCUCGUUUCAAAACACAAAGAGAACUUGUACAUUGUGUAAUGUCGUCUUAAAAGAUAUCAGUAUUGCUGCAUGAACUUUGCCCAUUUUGCGCCCUCUCUGGGUCGCACCCAGGACAGGCUGCUGCGGCCACACCCUUGCUAACAGUCCUGGUGUUUCUUCUUUUGUUUUUGCCAGGGUGCCUCGGCGCUGUUUGAUAUGAUUGAAUACUAUGAGUCAGCCACACACCUCAACAUCUCAUUUAACAAACACAUCGGCACACGAGGUUGGCAGGCAGCUGCGCACAUGAUGAGGAAGGUUUGUAUUCACGAUUAGAUAGCAUAUCCCCUCUUCUCCCCCCCCAUUGCAUCGCUUGCAGUAGUGUUGCAAAAAGAGGGCAAGUGUUGAGCCCAUGUCCUCAUUCAUGCCCAAGCCCAGUUUCACUGUCAAGCUGCAGCUCCCAUUGCCUGGAAAUGCCGUAAGUUAACAUUUCUGCAGUGGUGUUAUUGUUUUUUUUCUUCCUCCCCACCCCCCAGCCAAGAGAAAAAGACUUUCCCUCCCUAAGAGUGAGCAUUGACAGGUUCUCCACGAUUCCAUGGGCCCAGCUGUAGACUUCCCUGGUGGAAGAAAUUUGUACUCUCUGGUGCCAGUGGCAGACAUAGGGACUCCAGUAGGACAGACUAUAUUAAUGUUCCAGCAAAAUUACAAUUUAAGCAGGCAGCAAAUACUACCGUACAUACGCACCUUGAUCUGAAGAGUAAAAGAUUCCCUAACUAUUUUUAAAAAUCCAUAGAAAUGUGUUGUGACAGUUGUGCCACAGAACUCACACUAAGAGUAAGGCAGAAAUGGAGGGGGAGAUGUACGUGUCCUUAAGGCGAAGUGGGUUUGUGCUGAUUCCUUGGGAGCGCUGGGUAAGCUAUUGGCGCUGCGAGAACUGACUGGGGUUUUUAAAAAUCCUGAUUUCAGCCAAUGCCCUCCAUGGGGAAAGGGAGGAGGGCCUUGAGAUGAACAAUUCCUAUAAUUUCCUAUUUUAUCGUUUCCUGCCUGCUUCCCACUCUGUGUGCUUUGCUUUACAAAAGCUUGAAAGAAUCUGUUCCCAUGUGCAAUUGACUAAACCUUGGUGAUCCUUUCGUCUGCCUCCCACCUUAGCAUUAUCUCACUGUUAUCUUGAUGGCAUCCAUUCAGGUGUUGAAACAGACUUUGCUGGCGAUGUGCUAGCCUUGACCAAGCAUGAGGAGCUCAGGAUGUUUUCCUGAAUGGCUUUCGGAACACAUUGUGAUAAACCAGGGUCAAGCAAGGGUCAUAGUGGGGAAUCUCGUUUCCUGUUAAGUUACGCCAGUCCUUUUACUUGCGCCACGAUCUGCAGUAAUAAACCACAGAAUAAGUUCAGAUUGACACGCAUCCCUAUUCACACCUGCGCUCUGUUAAUUCAGGAACUCAGUGAUAAUCUCCUGCUUUAACAGGCUUACUGAUCUUGCUGUUCCUAGCUGCAAAUAGAAUAGUUUCCCCAGUGUGGAGUGCUAUGCAAAGCCUGCACAGCAGACAGGAAUCUUGGGCAGGGGCUAACGCUUCUCACCCUUACCACAAGCUUCUUUAAAGUUUUUUCUCUUUAAACAGCGGCAGUAGCCUCGGCACCCCUCCACAAGGCACCCCAUCCACAGCUUGUGGAGCAGGGCUGCCUGAUGCCAAGGCUGCCAAGCGCCGAGCCCAAUGGCGGCAUAAGGCAGCCCCAGCACUUCCUCCCGGGAGGAAGAGCUAACCCACCCACCCUGUGCGAGCCGAAGGCGGGGGGCUUGAUCAGCUGAGAAGCCCACCCCUUCGCUCGUGCAGGGGCUGUGAGCUAACUCUUUGUCCGUUCAGGAGCGCGGGUGUGCGGCUGCUAGCUCCUAAACGGAGAAGUCUACCAGAGCCCCCACCCCCGUCUCCACCUUGUGCAAGCAGGCAGCCAUGCGCCCCUCAAUGCAGAAAUAGAAACAAUCCGCCUGCCUGUGUGGGCAGCCGAGGGAGGAACAAGCUACAUUGGUCUGGCCGAUGUAGCUUGUUCUUCCGUCAGCGGUAUGAGGGCCAGUGCCAGAUGGCUGCUUCACCCAGCGCUAUAUCACGAGUGAAACCACAAGCUGCGUCCCUCGCCACGGGCUGCAGCCGGGUGCUGGUGGCAUGAGAACUCGGGAGCAGCAGUGGUUUCACUUGCAAUACAGUGGUACCUCGGGUUACAGACGCUUCAGGUUACAGACUCCGCUAACCCAGAAAUAGUACCUCGGGUUAAGAACUUUUCUUCAGGAUGAGAACAGAAAUCGCACAGCAGCGGCGUGGUGGCAGCGGGAGGCCCCAUUAGCUAAAGUUGUGCUUUAGGUUAAGAACAGUUUCAGGUUAAGAACGGACCUCCAGAACGAAUUAAGUUUGUAACCAGAGGUACCACUGUAUACCAAUUGUUCUCUCCUGCUGCGCAUGUCUGGUCCACUGCAUACUCUUCUGGCUGCUUCCAGCCCUUUGACUUGGUUGCGCGACAACCUGCUUUGAGGUGCUGGCUAAGAGCACCUCUGGCUCACGGGCGUUCUGAGCUGAAACGUUUGUUGAUAUCCAGGGACAGCACCGUUCAUACCUUUCUAUGACCUAACUCUCAACCUUUCCUUCCUUCCGCAGACAAACUGCCUCCAGUACUUGGACGCCCGCAACACACCUCUGCUCGAUCACUCGGCACCGUUUGUGGCGCGCGCCUUGCGCAUCAGCAACAGCCUGGCCGUGCUGCACCUGGAGAACGCCAGCCUGUCGGGGCGACCCCUUAUGUUGCUAGGUGAACAGCUUGAGUUGCCCUCUGUGUACCCAGCCAAACGCCCUUCUCUCUUGCUGACCCUCCGCUUCCAUGGUCACUUUUCCUAAUUCCCCGCUGACAGCUCAGCUUGCUUCUAGCAGGCGCCUUUUCUGCAGGGCUCCUUGCCUGCCAAAGGCAUCCCUCUGCAGCACUGCGAAUGUGCCAGCAUUGGUAGUCAUAAUGAGGGGCAGAGCGGUCCCCACUGAUGCAGGCAGAAGCCCCCUUGUUGCCUUCCCUCAUCCCUGGGCUCUUCAGUCAGCCUAGAUCCUUGAAAGGCGCAGUGUGGAGGCUCGAAGGGCAUCCUUGCCUUGCCAAAGCUCCCAGAUCCGCAUGCAGAGUCCAUGAUGGGGGGCAGGGGAGGUGUCGAAAAAUAUAGGGUAGGGUUGAAUAGGAACCGGAACCACAUGUGCUCUGGGUUUUGUUCAUCCUGACUCUUCCGAGUAUGAAAUCCAGGCUUUACCACUAACACUGGACUCCAGCUCCCAAAGGCGUCAUUUUUUAAGAUUAGCCUAGGUGAGAGAUACCAAGAGAAGCAUAUUAAACUUGGGAGAACGAAACAUCCACACCUGGUUUUUUGCAUCCUGCUGAAGGCAUUAAUAAUGAAUAGGAGCCAGCCUAAAGAAUGCUAGCAAUAAUGGAUGAAGUUUGAAAGAUAGUCUCCUUCAGUUACGGGCCGCCUAGUGACAAAUGCCCGGCUGCGGCUGACCUUGUGCUUUCAGUUCCAGGUGUCUAUAAAUGAAGAGCAGGGAGGGAUUGGUUCUUAAAUUCCAUUCUCUUCCUCCUCUUGGGUAGCCAGUCUUUGCAAGCCAGUUGUGGUCUCUCCGCAGCCCCAGGCAGAAGGCAGGUGGAUUGAAUGAGAACUCACGGCUUUCAGACAGUUCUCUGUAUUGGGCAGGACAGGCAGUUCCCCUCCUGAGAUUUCGUAGGCUUCCAAGACACCGCUGCCAUUUUCUCAUACGUUACCUGCCCUUGAAGCGACCCCAGCUUAUCUCCUCUUUACUCACUUAUUAUGUCUUGAGGUGGAUAAAUUAGCAGGAGAAGGUCUGGUGGAUUGUGCCUCUCCUUGCUCCAUCCGCAUGGGGCAGCCAGUUAGAUUUGUCCACCUCGUCUUGUGGGCAGGAACGGGGAGUUGUCUCACUGAGGAAAACUGGAGAAAGACAGCAGACCUCAUUAUUUAACUUGUUGGUUUCAAACGGUCAGCCAGUUGGCUGGUGGGCUAAUUUAGGCCAAGGUCAGAUCAAGGGGCAAGGCCCAUCUCUCCUCCUUACUUGCUGUUGGCAGACUCAUAACAGGCCGAAGCCAAGGGCUUGUCCUGUGAAGGGAUGCAUCAGUCGCACAGGGGGUCUGUGGCCUGGUCUCACAUCCGCUGCCCAGCUGGGCAGGCAGAAAGCUCGUUGUCACCUGGGAGGCUCAGCAAGGCAGCCGUUGUUGUUUAGUUGUUUAGUUGUGUCCGACUCUUCGUGACCCCCUGGACCAGAGCACGCCAGGCACUCCUGUCUUCCACUGCCUCCCGCAGUUUGGUCAAACUCAUGCUGGCAGCUUCAAGAACACUGUCCAACCAUCUCGUCCUCUGUCGUCCCCUUCUCCUUGUGCCCUCCAUCUUUCCGAACAUCAGGGUCUUUUCCAGGGAGUCUUCUCUUCUCAUGAGGUGGCCAAAGUAUUGGAGCCUCAGCUUCAGGAUCUGUCCUUCCAGUGAGCACUCAGGGCUGAUUUCCUUAGCAAGGCAGCCACUUCUCUUUAAUUUUAUUCUCCCCUUUGUCUGCUUUCUAGCAACCGCUCUUAAAAUGAACAUGAAUUUGCGGGAGCUUUACCUGGCUGACAACAAGCUGAACAGCCUCCAGGACUCGGCUCAGCUGGGCAACCUCUUGAAGUUCAAUUGCUUCAUACAGAUUCUGGACCUGAGGAACAACCACAUCCUGGACUCAGGUGAGGGAUCCCUGCUUCCGUCUCCCCCCAAAUUCUUUGAGAAACCGAGAGGAGGGCUCAGGCUGUGUCUCUGUCUGCAGUGUGCUUAAAAAGAAAGACAAUAGUUGCUGUCUAGGCCAGGGCGGCUCAAAUUCUCUUCCAAGAAAUGGUCGGAUUCUGUUGUUUGAACACAUGUUGUUUGACAUCAUUAGAUGUCAGAGAGAUAAACUGUUAUACAACCUUCCGUAGACACCUGAAGGCAGCCCUGUAUCGGGAAGCUUAUAAUGUCUGGUGUGUUAAUUAAUAUAUUAAUGUAUUUUUAUUUUAGCUGUGCCAAACUACUCACCAGCAAGAAGUUCUUCUAAUUUGGAAGAACAGAGCCGUUGGCUACUUAAAUGAGUUUGGUUGACUCUGAUCAUCUGCCUAUCAACUGGUUAAAUCCUUGAACACAUUUAAUUUGAAAUAAAUCGUGACACAUUUACCAGAACCUCAUGUGGGUGUCUUUUGCACAUAACGGAAGGUGGUGUUGGAUAUUUACAACCAAAUAAAAAGUUGCCGUCUUCAGUUUCCCCCUUCUUAAAAAUCCCCCUCCUAACUAGAACCAAAAGAACCAAUUGAAGCUAACACGGGGAAUUUGCACAGCUGUUGCCGUCAGAGGAUAUAAAUCUGAUGAGCAAACCGAUUUAGCUGUUCCCUAAAUCAGACAUGCAGAGAAAAUGUAAAUGUGUUCUUGUGGUGCUCUCUUCUGUCCUUUUAAACACAAAUCCAACGAGUGCACAAAAUUUUCCCAGCUGCCACCGUGACAGCCGAGUUGGCGGAGCGAGGGGGGAGAGAAAGGGGAGGGGGAUUAGUUGAGACAAGGAAAGUGCCGCCUCCAAAAGCCGAUGGUGCCUGGGUAUUUGUGUCCGACUGAGCUGGUGUCGCCUCUAAUGAGGGCUGCGAAAAGGGACUCCCAUCCUCCCUCCCUCAACUGCUUGUCAUUCGCUUCACAGGCCUGGCGUACAUCUGCGAGGGGCUGAAGGAGCAGCGGAAAGGCCUCGUCACCCUGGUGCUGUGGAACAACCAGCUGACUCACACCGGCAUGGCUUACAUGGGGAUGACGCUGGUGAGUCACAGGCAGCCUUGCUGCCCCGGGGCCUCGUUCUCUGGCUCGGGAGCCAGAGGCCAUUCAGUGCUCCAGCCCGACCCUUUUCUGUGGGAGCUUUGUUGGGCAACAUGUUGGCCCUCUCUGCCCAGCUGAUCUGUUAUCUGGGGUUUGCGCCUUGGGGCCUCCUGAGUGCAACAUGGGAGCUCUGCCACUGAGCUUUAUCCUCCUCCUUCCAUGUUAGGGGUGGGAACAUCUGGCCUGGUGCAGUCCGGGGGGGGGGGGUCACCAAAGCACACUGCGAGCUGGAAAGCCCAGAGGCAGCUGCGCUUGCUGCCCCCCCCCCACCCAUCCAGCCCAACUUGAAAACAGAACCUCCUUUUUCUCCUUCCCGGUAUUGAAAACAACAGACAGCUACCAAAAGCCAUUAUAAAUUUAGGGCUGCUUCUGCCAUCUUUAGAAUACAGGUGGUGACCAUUCUAGGGGCGUCCAAUUGACGUGGGUCCUUUUGCACCCAGAAAAAGGCAGGGUGAGAACGGGACCCCCGUGUCGAAAUGUUCUCUGCCUGUACUGCGUUCAGCUGUCCCGUCGGGAAAAAAAAGGAAAAAAGGGGUAAUGGAACGCAGGACGUUGCCUUAGAAUCAUAGAAUUGUAGCGUUGGAAGGGACCACCAGAGUCAUCUAGUCCAGCCCCCUGCAAUGCUGGAAUCUUUUGCCCAACAUGGUACUCGAACCCACAACCCUGAGGUUUAGAGUCUGAGCUCUGCCGGUGGAGCUAUCCCAAGGAGGCUCUCCCUUAGGUUGAGUCAGACCAUGGGUUCUCCCUGCUGUCGGCGCUGACCAGCUGUGCCUCUCCAGGGUUUCAGGCAGGAAGUCCUUUCCAGGCUUACAUGGAGAUGCCAGGGAUUGAAUUUGGGACUGUCUGCAUGCAAGGCUGGUGCUCUGUCACAGAGCUGCAGCCCUUCCCAGAAUAGGUGCUGAGCAGGACAACUAAAAUGGCUUGGGGGCUCAAGGAUUUUCCUCCAAGGAACGGCUAAUGUUUGCUUUUAGCUGCAAGUGUGUGGAGAGAACGUUUUGUCCCUUUCUCAUCACCUGGUGAAUUGGACUGGCUGUAGUUAAGAGACAGAAAAUAUUUCAUACAACUCUGUUGUAUGUUGGACCUGCUUUGGGUUUCAGUGGGUCUGCCUUCUACCCUCCUCACAGCUGUGGAUUUGGGAGUAGGGAGGAAUGAUGAGGUCCCUGCUGGAUGGAGGUUAAACUUCAGCCAGUUGCCAGUUCUCUUACGAAACACGGGGUUUAUUUCCCACUUGGGUGGCCAGAAUCCUGCACAGAGAGCCUUGCAGAUUCUCGGGCCAUGUGAGCACCAGCAGACCUGAGGACAGAGUGACUCAAAACCCAGAUUGUGGAACGCCCUUCCCGCAGAGGAGCGUUUGGCCCCCAAGCUUGUAUGUGGGUUUUAAAAACUACUUAUUUUGGGCUGUACCUUCUACACAUAAGGCCUUCAUUGUUAGAACAGCCGUUCAUCUUAAAAGAGCUCUGUAUGUAUGCAGGAAUUCUGUAUGGUGGUUCUCAUGUCCAUGCUGCUGCCAUUAUCAAUUUAAAAAUCUGUUGUAUGAAUUGUGUCUUUAGACCAUAGGCCCGGUUCACGGGUGAGGCUAAGUGAAACCAUGAUUUUGUGUGAACAGGUGAGCAUGUGGGUUUCUGGACAGGCAGUUGCAGCCUCUUCGGUUCUCUGUUUGAUUCUGUUGCUGGGAGCUAAGCCGUUGUUUGUCUUAGCGUGUCUUUCAAAGCUCGACUCAUUGUUCGUCUCACUCCAGACAGACCACAAGGUCAUUACCAAGGUGUGUUUCUUGAUUUACAGUUCAUGGUUUGCCUGAAGGAGACAAAGCAUGAGCUCAGGUUCAGACAACAUGCUAAUCCUCAAACUGUGGCAUAGCUCGCAGUAGUAACAGGACCAGAGGAGGGACAAAGCAACUGCAGUCUCCUCUCUGGGAGCUCGCAGACUUACCGGACUGGGCUGAUCCCUGGUUUGGGUCAGUGCUGUGUGCAAAUUGAGCCAUUGUGAGCUGCCUUGAAGUGGACUAAGCCCCCAGAGGCAGUCAGUAAACAAGCAACAAACCAACAUUCCCUGUUUGCAUCUCCAGCCUCACACUCAGAGCCUGGAGACCCUGAAUCUGGGACACAACCCCAUCGGCAAUGAAGGUGUUCGCAACUUGAAGAACGGGCUCAUCAGCAACCGCUCAGUGCUGAGGUUGGGCUUGGCGUCGACCAAGCUGACGUGUGAGGGUAAGCCAGGCCACGCAGCCUCCCCGGGUACUCAGGCGGCUCACUGUCUUUUCCGAGGGCAGAGCAGCCGCCCCAGGCUCGGCCCCUGCGUUCGUGUGGACUCACUGGCUGUGUCUCUUGGUGCCCAGGCGCUGUGGCAGUGGCAGAAUUCAUCGCGGAGAGUCCCCGGCUACUUCGGCUGGACCUUCGGGAGAACGAAAUCAAGACCGGAGGGUUGAUGGCCUUGUCUUUAGCCCUGAAAGUCAAUCACUCGCUGCUCAGGCUGGACCUUGACAGGGAGCCCAAAAAGGAAUCGGUGAGUCUGUGCUGUGCUUCUGUUGCAGACCGAAGGAAGCGGCUGGGAAAGUCAAAACCCUCCUGAGAUGGCCUAGUUUGAUUUUCUGCUCAUAUUAGGCAUACAGGGAGUGCUUGAACCACCCUGGAGCCUUCAAGCCCCACCUAGCCCAUAGAAUUGUAGCGUUGGAAGGGAUCCCAAGGGUCAACCUCUGCUUAAAAACCUCCAAGGAAGGAGAGUCCACAACCUUCCGAGGGAGUCCAUUCCGCUCUCAAACAGCUUUUACUGUCAAAAAGUUUUUUCCGGAUGUUUAGUAGGAAUCUCCUUUCUUUUAACUUUGAAUCCAUUGGUUCAAGUCCUACCCUCUGGAGUGGGAGAAAACAAGCUUGCUCCAUCCUCCAUGAGAUACUCCAUUGAGAUCUUUGAAGAUGGCUUUCAUAUCUCCUCUCAGGCUCCUCUUUCCCAGGCUAAACAUACCCAAUUCCCACAACCGUUCCUCAUAAGGCUUGGUUUCCAGACCCUUGAUCAUCUUGGUUACCCUCCUCUGCACAUGUUCCGCCUUGCCAACAUCCUUCUUAAAUGCCCAGAACUCGCUUUUUAGGCUGUUGUGGGUCAAGGCUCUCAGCCUUGCACGAAAUGGGAUGAUUUUGUGUACAGCACCCUGAGUCCCACUAAGACAGGUUGGGAUAGAAACAUCAAAGCAGAAGCAAAAAGGGUCUUUUGAAAAAGUGGGGGGGGGAGAGUUUGGCUGGGAGCAGGAGAUGGUAUGAAGAUGGAACAGGGUAUUUUAUAAAGGGCGGAAGCCACACACCUUAGCAUUUACUCAGCAGUGCUCUCUGCAUGGAAACAGAAUGGCUUAGCCAUGUGCUUUCCUGGUCCCUCACGACCAAACACAUAAACACUCUUGACGUCUACAGGUGUCUGAAUAGCUGCUUGGGAGCUUGUGGCAAAUGCCUUCGUGUGGGCAGCUGUCUCCUGUUCCCAGCGAUGUAUAUUUCCAGGCCCCAUAAGCAUCCCUCGCCGACAGCACACUGCUGUUGCCACUGAGCUGCCUUCAUUUGAAAUGCCGCGUUGUAAAAGCUUUCUGUGUCGCGAGGCAGUAACAUGAUUCCGCCUGUCAGGGAGCAAAAGCCUUUGUCCGAGCCACUCGAUACCCGCCGUCUCACGUUUCCGUUGCUAUAGGUCGGUUUUGCUGGCGUAGCUUUGGCUCCGCAUGUGGCGCGUGCCAGCGCAGCCAGCCAGGUAACCCUGCUGCCUUGCCGAUAAACCUUCCGCUCCGGAAAAAUAGAGGCCCAGUGCCUGGCACAGACACAGGUGUGCUGUAGGCAGGUAGAAAAACUCCAGUUGUGCCAGGCAUUUGGCUUCUCUUUGUCCCUUCCCACUUGUGGAAGGCCUUCCCCGUGUGGAAGAGCUGUGGCGCAAUGGCAGAGCACACAGAAAAGUCCAGGUUCAGCCUCCAGCCUCUCCCAUGUAGAGAUGGGAGAGACUCCGCCUGGAACCCUGGCAAGAGCUGUUGCCAGUCAGUGCGGGCAAUACUGAUCUAGGUACACCAGUAGCCAGACCAGCUUCCUGUGGCCUGUCAUGGUACUGUCAGGCAAGGGCUAUCUGGAGUAAGUAAUUAACUCUUUAUUGUCAAAAGUACACUUACAAGUUUGGAAAAUGCAGAUCUGUCAGUCCGACGUCUCUCAGCUACUCCCAGGUGUGCACUCAGUGAGGCAGUUGUAGCCACAGAGAGAUGCACCCCCACAUUGAAACUUGCCGCAGGGAGAAAAGGGGUACAUCAGCAAAAUCAGGAAGAACUUUCUGGCAGUAAGCGCUGUCCGACUGUGGAACGGACUCUCCUUCAUUGGGGGUUUUCAUGCAGAGGGUGGGUGGCCAUCUGUUGUGGAUGUUUUAGUUGAGAUUCCUGCAUUGAGGAGCGUUGGACUAGAGGACCUUCAGGAUCCCUUCCAAUUCUACAAUCUGUGAUGUUUGAUGAGCAUUCAAACAUGUGUUUUCUCCUCCCCCUGUAUUGCCAAUGAAGGUCCAUGCUUUGCAAGGCUUCUGCGUGUGUAAUUUGUCUGGGGCCACAGUGGUCUUUUGAUCCCCUCCAGCAUGAUUCCUUCCAAUCCACGCAGCAUCUGAACUCAAGCAGGCAAGGCCAAACUCAUCAAAACGCCCACCUUCAGGCUCUGUGCCAGCUUCCCUUACAAUGGUGGUUGGGACGCUCAGAUUCUUGGGCCCCAAGCCUUUCUGUCGGCCCCAUGCCACUCUCCCUCUACCACACACAACCCUCCCAGCCUAUCCCCUAGUGCCCCCAAUUCCUUUCCUCCUGGAAUGUUUUGCCUAAGCUGGAAAAUGUCCUUGAGCUCUGACAAUACUUGCUUGCAUGGAAGAUGGAGAGGAGAUGCAUGAAUAUGUGGGGAAACUAACCUGGCAUUGAAAGAUAAAAUUUACGUUCCUUGCCUUGCCAACUUUGCCCCCCCCCAAGUUGUCCAGGAGGCUGUGGGCCCCUCAGGCCAGUGGCGUAGCGUGGGGGGUGCAGGGGGGGCCGGCCGCAGCGGGCGCAACAUCUGGGGGUUAGGGUUAGGGGGCGCAAAUCCAAGGGUUAGGGGGCGCAAAUUACUUGCCUUGCCCCGGGUGCUGACAACCCACGCUACGCCACUGCCUCAGGCUGAAAAAUGUUUUGCCUACCCCAGCUUUACAAUAAAUGGCGCCCCCGUGCCUUUCUCCCUUUUGCAGGUGAAGAGCUUUAUCGAGACGCAGAAGGCCCUCUUGACGGAGAUCCAGAACGGCUGCAAGCGCAACUUUGUCCUUGCCAAAGAGAAGGAGGAGAAGGAGCAGCAGCUCCAGCAGUCCGCCUCCAUGCCCGAAAUCACCAUCACGGAGCCCCUCGAGGAGGGGCCGGUGGAGGACGAGGGGCAGAACGGCGACAUGGCGCCCACGCCGGAGGAGGGGGAGGAAAUCAGGGAGGCACCGCCCUCCCAGGAGAAUGGGGCAGCUGACAAGAGAGCUGGUGACGACGACGAGUCCUCAGACUCCGAUUCGGACACAGACGAAGAAGAGGAUGAGAAGCUGGUGAUGAAGGCUCUCCCGCCGUCGCCUCAGAAGCUCAGCAGCCCUGAUCACGCGGGCGACUUGCCCAAGCCACCUUCCCCCCCAAAGACCAGCAGUGUCCUUAGCCCCGAAAGCAGGGCGCUGCCCCCCUUGAACACUACGGAAGAAAUAAAAUGUGAAUCUCGAUUGGGAGUCACCAGUGGGCCUCCAGCCCAGGCCAGCUCUCCUGGGAACGAGAGGAGGAUUGCGGUCUCCAGUCCUGGGCGAGGCCACAAAAUAUUUGUCGUUACGCGGGUGGAGAGCCUGCCGGAGAAGGCAGCGCUGGGGGGCGCCGAUACGCGGCAGGAGGGGAGCCCUCUUCCUCCACAGGCUUCUCCGCCAAAGCCCAGCGACCCUCCAGCCCCGCAGGCUCAGCCAGCAAAGACUGAAUGCUCAGACGGACAAGCGACUGAGGCUGUUCCCAAGAGGGCGGCUGGCUCAGAAACCUCUCCCUCCACACCAAGCCCUGUUUUGGGGGCAGAAAAGAUGAACUCUGGGCCGUGUGAGAGCGCUGUUCACAGCUCUCUGCUGCCCAACGGACUAAGGAUGGAGUUUGUUCAUGCACUACCAGAUGCUCCCUCAGGGCAUGAUGGGAAAAUGGCCAGUUGCUCUGUAGAACAUGGUAAGCACAUAGAGAGAGAGAGCACACACUUUGCAUUCUGGAAGAGGCGUUUAUAUAGGGUAACAAACAGGCUCCACCCUGCUCUUCCUGUGUCAAGGAAUAAAGCCGGGGGGAGGCUGUGUGGGUGGGGUGGGCUCAGCCAUAUGGAGUCUUGCCUCCUAAAAGGCAGGUGACUACGGAUUUCACAGGGAUUUUGAACGCAGAAGCAAAGGCCAGGUUUAGAAUCAUAGAAUCAUAGAGUCAUAGAAUCAUAGAGUUGGAAGAGACCACAAGGGCCAUCGAGUCCAACCCCCUGCCAAGCAGGAAACACCAUCAGAGCACACUCCUUGAGUUUAGACACUCCUUGGGAGCAGGGCAAGGACCUGGCUGACUCUCUGCCUUUCCACUCUGCUUUCCAGAGCUAAACUGUUCCAAGAACGAGAAGGAGCUGGAGGAGUUACUUUUGGAAGCAAGCCUAGAGAUGGGGCAGGAGCCAAUGUGACGUUUUAGGUAAGGGAGUUGCGUAUCAAAAUGGGCAGAGGGAAUAUGCUGUCUGCUAAAAGAGGGGGCUCCAGGAAGGAUAACAUGGGGGCGGGCAGGGCAGGAGCUCUUCCUCCCUGCAUUGCUGCACCAGCAGAACGUCACCUAGAAAGCAUUAAUCCUGAACACGCUUAAGCAGGAAUCAGGUCCCGCUGGGUUCAGUGAGAUUUUCACUUUCUAAGUAAGUAAGCUUUAGCACAGGUUUUCCCAAACUUGCGUUUUUUGGACUACAGCUCCCAUCAUCCCUGGCUGGCAGGACCAAUGGUCAGGGACGAUGGGAAUUGUAGUCCAAAAACAGCAGCAGACCCAAGUUUGGGAAAACACUGCUUUAGCAGAAUCUGGUGACUGACCUGAGCAUUUUGAAAAUUCAAGCUUGGUGUGCCUAUUUAGUCAAGCUUCUCAAUCGCAUGGCGUUAGAAGCAAAUCUGGGUGGUGUUCAGGUAAAUAUAUUUACCUAAAAUGUAUAUAUAUUAUAUAUAUUUACCCUAAACAUAUAUAAUAUAAUAUAUAAUAUGCACAGUAAGAGGAGGAGGGAAGUAUUUGUGAGGGCUGAAAAUGGGGAGGGCAGGAUACUUGAGCUAUUGUUAGAGUAGUGGUAUUUCUAGAUGGGGAUAACCCGAAAUACGUACUUAUUAUUCAAUAUAUUGCUGGAUGGGGAAGCAGAAGCAGUCAGCGUGGUCCUAACAUCCCGGGACAGGGAGAAAGUUAAGAAUGGAAGGGGGCUGAAGAGAAUUGUAAUGAAAUUUUAUUUAAGGCUUUCAAACACCACCACCCCUUUUCAAGGCAGGUACAUUGAAAAUUUAGCACUGUGCCAUUUUCAUGAGUUGGUAAGAAGCCGGUGAUUUUAUAAUUAGAUAUGGGUCUAUAUGUGCUUGCGUUGCCCUCCCACUCUGGUCUCCCGGACAUCUUUCUUGCUUCCCUCCCCACCUUCUCCUUUUCUCUCUCUUUCAGUUCUGGGCCAUUCCGCAUCCAAUGGGGUCUCUUUGGGGAAGCGCCUGCCUAGCUUUACCUCCUCCCUUCACCAUGUGAUUCCGAAAACAACAACUCCACCGCCCCCCUGACUGCCACACAGAGGCAACGUGACAAGCGCCGCCCAUCCCGUUCCCCCGAACGGCAUCCAUUUCCAACUGUGACCAUUUCCCCCGCCGCCACCCCCCCUUUUUCUCAUUCUCGAAGUCUUCCCUCUGAUAAAAGAUGUUCUGUUUGGAGGGGGGGGGGUCGGGAUUCAGGAAACAGAAGAGCCGAGGAGACCUUGACCCAGGAGAAGAGCUUCCUUCAGGGCGAACUCUUGACAUUUUUUGCUGCUUUGGUGUGUCUCCCUGGAACUCUUGCCAGGGGGGAGAACUCAACAAUGUUUUUGUUUCUUUUUUCCUUUUGCAAGGGGAUGCCCCUUGCAAGUGAUUUCACAAGGCAGAGAGGCUGUUUUGCGGACUCGGAUCGUUGGCACCGCCUCUCUCCAGUCUAACUGGGAAACUUUAAAAGGAAAAGGGCGAACACUACAGAUGAACAGGGCCCUGUGUGUUUGCUUUGUGUGUGUCGCGAGCGCCGCAGGUCCCAGUAGGUCCAGUUUUCCACGAAUGCUUGGGGAGGAGCAGGCCUCUCCUGGGUCCCGCUGGCUGAGAGCGCCGUAAUGCUGUAGCUCCCUUGCCAAGCAAGACUAUUGAGGCUGUUUAAUCCGCAGCACAGACUACUAUUUAUUUUUAUUUUCCAGUUUCUCUUUCCCCACCCACCGCCCUCCCUUACUUGCGUCUCCUUGUUUGUUUGUCUUUUCUCCGGUGUCUGUUGAACAGAAUGGGAACAGUUUUUCCUCCCGCCUUUUAACCUCCAACCACCUUAAAAAAAGGAAAAGGAUCUCUGCUUCCUCCCAAUUUGCAGAGUGCACCAAAUCGGGAAUCCACCAAGAAGCUGCUUUUCCCUGGUGAAGUUGUUUGAAGUAAGCUGAGAGAGAGAGAGAGAGAGUGCCCCGGUGUGUGUGUGUGUGUGUGUGUGUGAUUCCUUUUUGUGCAUUGAUGGGCAACCUUUGCCCAUUGCCCACCAAUAAGAGGACUGCCGUGGCUUCGACUGAUCCGGCUUCUCCUGUCCUUCAGCAGAGAGAACGAGGCAAACUCCUUGCAUCUCUCCUAUCAAGAUUUGUUCUUCAAGCCAUACCGUGCCGAACUUUUGGACGAUGGGGGUGAUACUGUGUAUGGCUUGACUGUUGAAGUAGCGAAUAUUUUAACUGACCGUAAAACUACAUAAAUGGCACGUUUAUGAAGAGGGCAGGGUGGUUCUCUUCUCCCCCCCCCCCGUUUUGUUCACCCCAUGCGAUAAAACUGACGUGAGAAACUUCUUAGGAUGCUGCUGAUUUGGGGGGCAGUUUUCAUCUUUUAUUGUUACUUUGUUCUUCAAAAAGUUGUAGGCUUUCCCACAGUUCCUGUGCGUACAUCAGCUGUGGACAAGGACCCAGCUGCAGUGAUAAGAGUGUUAUCUUGCUAUCACCAGGGCCUUUCAGGGUCCAAAAUCACUACUUUUGCAGAAGGAGGUCGAAUCCCUCACAACAGCACCCCUAUCCCACUCCCUGGAACUUCGAUUUCCUUGAGAAAGGGGGGCAAACGCACCACCAGUUGAAACGCGAACUGCUCUCCCAAGUUUUGCUCCACAGAGGAAAUGCUCCAGGCUUUGUGGGUCUCCUGGCCGGCCGUUCGGUGCCGAAAGUGGGGAGGAGGUGGGUUGCUGCAGAAAGCGUAUUGCUAGAGGGUGGGUGGGGGUUGAUUAUUUUAUUUCUCAGGGAAGGACUUUUUUGCAGCCAAAAAAAUACCUGGGAUUGCGGGGGAAGCCGGUGGAGCCAACAGUGCAGUCCCUCCCCCUGCCCCCCUCCUCCGGUGGUGCGUUGAGACCCAGCGGAAGAGAUCCCAAAGGCUAUUACGAGAAGCUCCGCAAAGACCAGGUUCAAAUGGCCUCAGAGAUUAGCUCCGAUAGGCAAGGUUUCUUCCAAAAGAGAAGAAGCUUGCCUGCCAAGAUGGGAAACCAGGACUGAUGCUUUCGUAUGUCGCCAGUAGGACGAGAGGCGGGGCAACCAGCCCCCUUGCAUGGGGAAGUCCGUGUUGUAGGACGACAGGUGUAAAAACAAGCGGCCCUCUUAUUUUGUUUCGAGCCAAGGUGCGGCGGGAAGAAUAGGCCCUCUCUUUGGGUCCUUGAAUUCUUUUCUCACGAAAUCCCGCUGGGAUCACUCGACUCUAACCCCGGUUUCUAGCAGGAAAGGAAGAAAAAGAAACACGCCUCAUUCUCCCUACACGAUGGACUACUUUCCUCCUGUUGACACAAAACGAAAUCUCCACAGGAGAUUUGCGGUACUAACCCUGAAACUGAAGCGAAAACGAAAAGGAAUCUCUUUUUUGUAUAGACUUAGCAGAGGAACCGUUUUCUCCGCCGCAACACCCUCUAAAAAUGUGGGGUGGGGGGAGGGUGGCAGCUGUUGGGUAGACAUAGAACUUUAUGCUUUUUACUUUAUUAUUAUUUUUCUUAAGUGCAAUAAAAAUCUUAUCAGGGAGCUUGAGAGGGCACUUUUGCUGCAUGGAAAUUCAGGCUGGAGAGGCAGGAGGGAGAAAAACAAAAACUUUGUGUGCCCACCAUCUGCUUGACCAUGAUUCCUUUUCUCUCUCUCUCUCUCUCUCUCACACACACACACACACCCCGACACACAGACACACAUGGAGUUUUUGCUGCGUUAACACUACAUUUACAGAAAAGAAGAUGGCGCCAGUUUGAUUUUGUGUUCCUUUUCCUCCCUCCCCCAUUUUUUUUUAAUUUUUUUUUGGCUAAAGUUUGUCAUUUCUGUUUCGUGUGUGUGUGGAGUUUUAUUUUUGUUGAAACUGUCUUCUAUUAAAUGAAAAGCUGCAUUCAUCACGUGGCUUCUCUCAGUCUCUUGGGGGAAGGGGGUCCAAAGCACAACCGGCGUUCUCGCCCCAUGUCGCAGUCACAUUUUGCCAGCAAAACGGACGCCAAAUGAGCGGCGUUGUGAAUUGAAAAGUGUGCCGAGGCUGGCUUGGGUCUCUGCACAACAUCCUUCUUAUUUAUGUAUUGCCGUUGGGUGACAAUGUGCUUUUACAGAGUGAC